GCCUUCCAAAGCUCUUUUUAUAGCUCCGAUGUCACGCUUCUUACGCCACUGUCAAAAGUGGUGACAGAGCCGCUGGUUACGCCACGGUAAGGCGUUUAUCCACUUGUAAAAUGUACUGUAGUGGAUCAAAUACAGGAUGUGAGGAAAAUGGCUUCCAGCUGAAAGAGAGAAGAAGAAGAAGGAGGGGGUGGUGGGAAAUGAGAAAACAUUUCUUCUUCUAACUCUUUUGCACUAAUAUGAAUUCCCAGUGAAAUGUCUGGCGAAGUAGGUCAAUGGGAUUUAGAAAGUUUGUGCUGUUUUUUUUUUCUCUCCCCUCCCUCUCCUCAUACUCUCUUGUCAAUGGAAAAUGAGCAAUGCGAUUAGGAGAGAGGAAGAUGAUGAGCUGCCGAGUGAAAAAAAAAGGAAAAAGAGCAAGUGAAAAAGAAAAAGACAGGCGGAGGGAUGGUUUGGGCCUCACAUGGGUCCCUCACCAGCUGACGGAGACACCCAGACAAAGAGAGAGGGAGAGGAAAAGGGAAGAGAGAGAUUUGUAUCUACGCUCCAGAGGAAAGGAGUGGCUGAUGUCUCUUCAUCUUGAUAUUGAAGCAACAAUCUAAUUAUACAAUUUCUCCGGGGAAUAUGCAUAUGAGGGUAAUCAGUAAAUAGAAAAAGGUAAUUAUUUGCCACAAGUCAUACCCUUUGCACCUGUAAGCACUGCACUGAUACACAAGAUUGUGCGUUUUCCUGCGAUUCACAAUGAAGAUCAUCAUCUAAAUUAUUCAGCUAAUUUAUAAAUGAAUCUCCCAGUUAUUGAAUAUUUCAGGGCCUGUCAAAAUGUAAUGAGUAAAAGUUUGGUCAAAUACAAAUGGGUCUCUCUGGGUAAUUUGCCAGAAUGUUCCUUGGGGGUAAAUCUCCGCUAGCGAAUGUGAUUGAAUGUUACAAUUAAACGUGCUAAUUCAUUGUCAAAAGCAACUUAUCUAUACACAUGAUAUAUUUGGCGCUUAAUUGGAAAGCACAUUUGGAAAUGGUGUCUUUUGCGGCUUUCUACAUCGCGGCUCUAAUCAGAAUAAAUUCCUCUGCUGUAAUGAAUUGAAGUUGAACAUUCCUAGUUGGGCUAUUAAAGAGGCUCCGGUAGUGAAUUAUUUAAAUGCUAAUUAAUGUUUUAAGAUUUCCAACCUGCAAUAGAGACAUAUUAUUCCAUAUUAUCCUCAUUUCAACAUACUUUAAGUGCAGAGUAAUUUAAAGGUCAUAUUUCAUUCAAUCAGUUCAGCAGGAGUGGUGUUUCUUUCGCUCGUGCAGCUACCUCAAGUUGGAGAAAGAGGAAGAUGGAGCCCAUCAAUACUGGAAGACAGCCGAAGGAAUUACAAAUCAACUCCCAUCGCUGCACCAAGGAAUCAUGGGAAACAGGUAUCAAACCCACUACAGUAGAGAGGGUAAGAGAAUACCCCAUUGUUUAUUAAUUCCUUACCACCGUGAAAGAUGCCUGCUUGUUAUCAUUUUUUCACCAACGUCUCCAAACGACAAGUUGCAUCUGUUAUGUAAAUGUUCACCAGCAGCUUCUGACACAGCCACAGAUAUUAGACAAACUUCAUUAGCGUUGAAAUAGUGUGAGAUAUGGCUCAACUUUGCCUUCAAAGCAGCCUGCAAAGAAGUUCUAAUGCGAGCGGCGGCGGCAUUAUUCAUGUUUCCACAAUAGCUUGUUAUUCAUCAUAAGACAAAGGAGAAUCUCACUCGGCUUGACAUAGAUGGAGGAGGGCCACUAGGGUAUUACUCACAUCUGUUGAAAACAGUAUGCACAGCCAACUGGAUGUCACGAUACACUAUGCUUAUUAAUGCAAACAAAGUCUUCCAACACAGAAUAUAAAUGACAUUUUCCUUCACAUCCGAGCAUAAAUAUUAAUUGUGUUAAAUCUGUGAUGUAUUGUGGUUGGGGAGCAGCUUUGGUUGUUUACUGUUAAACCAACAGGAUGCAUUUUAUUAAUCUCAGCAGUGCAUCUUGUGACACCAUAUUGUGAAGUGCAAACACAUGCUGAACUCAAGACUGCAGGCUUGUAGUCCCCUUUAAUACCACAGGGUGACACUGUAGGCUUACAAACAGCUGUGUGGAAAUGCUCAGAAGCAACUUGGAUGUUUGGUUGACUUCAAGGAGCAAAUAUUAAGUAGAUUUUUGACAACUUUGUGGGCCUUAACCAUCACAAGUGGUCUGCAAUGUUUUCUUCCUUUUGCAUUCAAUUAUGAAAGCCCUGUAUUCAGUGGAGCUCCCUUGGCCUUGUGGGUGUUUUGUGCAUUGUUUGGCACUCCGUAUGAUUAAUCUACCUCCACCACAGAAUGCACAAAGAAUCAACAGAAGGCUUUUCACCUUGUUGCCUCUUUUCUUUCUUUAAGAAGAGAGUUUGCACAGCUGCCCGGGGAACACAAAUGGCAUUGAAACUCUCUUCCUGUGGCAGGACAUCUGUUGCUUUCAGCUGGCAUCCCUUCUGAACUUACUGAGGUGUGCCUUACACAGCCUGACAGCAUUAUAAAUACUAAAGUGACUGUUUUAUGUUAUUUAAAAAAAACGUUUUGGAUGUAACAGGAAAGAUGGUGCCAGAGUUUUGGGAUAGAAAAGCAGAUUGUAUGAUGAGAUUUAUUCCUCCCCGGAUGCUAAACAGGAGCAACACAACACAGUUUACUCGACAUUACGAAAGAAAUCAAGACAGCACUUGAUCAAACUUUAUUCCAACAUUUUUUUAUUUAUGUUUCAAAGUCCUCACAAAACUUUAUGCCCUUGCCCUUUCAAAGUAAAAGUAUUAUCUCUGCAGUGUGUGUUGAAGUAUGGCCUUUUCUUUGGAUUAGCCCUUGACAUACUUAAACCUUCCAGUCAACCUGAAACCUCCAGAACACAAUGCAAGGUAUUAUAGUGUGUAUGUGUGCGUGUGUGUUGAAGUUCAUAGUGGUAGCUGUGUAUCAAAGACACAUUCAUCUGUCUCUCACUGGUAGAUUCAAGGAGAAGAUAAGCUCUUAGAGAUGUGAGAUAGACGGCCUUUCCGCAUCAGCUUACACCUAUACAUGUAGAGAGCAUGCACGUACACAGGCGCAUUACAAUGCUGCUAUUCAGGCUGAUACCACCAUCGAUAUUGCUGUUAAUCCUUGGGAAAAACGAGGCAUGUAUACAGCAGCCUCUGCAGCUCUUUGAGGGGGCUGCAACAGCUUGGUCUUACAGCUGCGAGGAAGUGUCCCCUCUCCGUAAACCUCCUCAUACGGGCUGACUGGAAGCCAAGCAGGACUGAAUACUAAUUUACAUUCCAUUGAAACAAGUCUGCGCUCAUGUCCUCACUUCCCCUGCUGAAGUCAGAUUUUCUGUGCAGUAAGUCUGUUUAAUGGACCUAAGCAUGACUAUUUUAACUAGAGGAGGAGAGGUGCGUUAAAUUUUGGCUCUUCAGUGAAAGCAAACAGAAACCUUGUUGACUGGUUGAACUGGUUUGACUCAUCUGAUUCAGUUUGACACAGUAAAACUCUUCAAAAUGAAAUUUUCAAAGAUGUUCAUUUUUUUUUUUUACAUCACUGAUCUAAUUUGUGUUUCAGGAUGAUCUUUGCGUACUCCCGUCCAGACUGGUACAUGGUUCGGCUUAGCUUUCCAUCGUUAAAGUCUACAUGGUACAAUCCAAAGCGAACGCUGUAUCCAUCAGACCAUUCGAAGUUGUCCAUCAGCGACCAUGCAAAAUACCCACAGACGUUGACCUCAUCUUCUUGGAUAGCUAUAAGCAGAAAAAAAAGACCUCUUAUGUUUGAGAAGGUUGAAGUCAACAUUUUUAACAGCAGUUAGUCCUAUAAUGUGCAGCAUGAGUAAUCUAUCUGAACAGCUGAAAACAUUGUAUUUUUCUGUCUUAUCUUGCCUUGAAUAAGUGCUGUACUACCACAAAUUCAAAUGCUAAAUCUCCUGAAUAAUUAUAGUAUUCAUAGCAGUGAAAAAUACACAUAUUGACCAGAUGGUGGUGACAAACUGUGGGCGUUUUGUUUGGUUUAUAUUUCUCAAACACUGCGGUUUGAACAUGGUACAUUUUGCUUUUCACUGGAGUUAAUUUCUCAAAUUUUUGACCCUGCAGAUUAACCAGCUUUUACCUUUAGCCACUUCCAAGAGUGUAUCCUUGUAAAACUUUGAGCGUUGAUCAUCCUCGAUUUGCAGCGUUCCCACCUGAGAGAAGCCAUUCUCCGUAAUGUAGACUGCAGGGUUGUCGAACGUCUCCUGCAAAGUCACAGGGCAAAAAUAUUAUCGUCAAACAAGGCUUCUCAGCUGUCAGACAUUCCAGACGGAGACAGAUUGGUCUACAAUGUGCCGUUUAGCUGCAUUUCAGCUGUGCCAAGCUCAAACUAAUGGCCUGUGACAAGUCACAACAGCAGGAAAUUGCAAUUGCAAACACUUUCAACAAAGUAACAGUUUCAUUCAAUGUGACAGCACUAAUGAAGCAUCAGUGUGUUUCUGGAGGUGUUAAGAGGAGAUUACUGCAUAGAAAAUCGAUAGAAAGACACUAAACAAAUGUCAGAGUGUUGUUUAGUUGAAGGCCAUUUGUCUUCUGGUUGCUAAAUUCAGUUUAAGAGGAGGGAAAGGGAAAACAGAAUUCACAUUUUAUCACAUUUCAUCAAAUUCAAUUUAAAAUAAAGGCUGUUUUUGAGUCUUGUUUGGAUCAAUAAAAUGAAACUUCAAGAUUGAUCAGGAGUUUAAGAUGUACCUUGAUGUACUUGAGAAGUUUUCUUAAACCAUCAGGCACCACAGCAAGCCAGGACACACCACAAAUAGGCCAGGACGGAUCCAAAACGUCUCCUGCAUCUCUGUCGCUCUUCAUGCACAGAAUAUUUCCACAACUUUCUCCUUUUUUGACUUUACGAGAUGUGUAGUAGUUCAGUGCAAAGAAGUCGGCUGUGCCCAAAACUGUGGGUUCAUCUUUGGAGAAACUGGGCAGUCUUGGGCCGCCGUUGAAUCCUAAUUUCUUACUCUGUGCUUCGAUGGCAGAUCUCAUUAUUUCAGGAUAAUCUCCUGUUACAAACACAGGCCAGGUGAACCACCCCAAAGUGAAUGCAAGGUAGCGUUCAGUCGCAGCAACAUCCUCUUUGCAAUGUGUGUUUAAAGGCUCAGCCCAGUCGCUGUUGACAGCAAGAGACACCCAACCCUUCUGCUCCUUCCUGUAGUCAUGGUUGUAGCUAUGCCAGGCCAUGGCAUGGGCACGCAGCAUGUUAUGGCCCACCAGGUAGGCAGCAGUUCCUGGUUCUUUUAACCCUGGGGCAUGGAUGCCGUCUUCAUGACCCAGUUUGGCGCAGACAUAUGGCUCAUUGAUAGUGAUCCAGAGUUUGACACGGUCACCAAACGUUUGGAAGCAGAACUUGGCAUAGCUGUCGAACAGGUUUGCGAUACUCGGAGACUUCCAGCCACCCUGGUCUUGGAGAGCUUGAGGCAGGUCAAAGUGGUAAAGUGUAACCAUAGGUGACACGUUACAGGCCACCAAAUCAUUGAUCACCUUGUUGUAAUACUGCACACCUGUUGAAAACAUAUAGAGGACUGAAACUUAAACACUGAAAAUCCAUGGUGGCAAUAUCAGAACGUUUGAGGCAGUACCUUUUUGAUUGACAUGUUGCGUAGUCCCAUCAGGCAGCAGGCGGGACCAGGAAAGCGAAAAGCGAUAGUGUGUCAGUCCAAGCUGCCGGAUACACUCCAGGUCCUUCUCCCAAAGCUCGUAGCUGUUGCAGGCGACAUCUCCAUUCUGGUCCCCAAACACUCUGCCUUUCUCAAGACAAAAUGUGUCCCAGAUACUUGGUCCCUUGCCUCCUGCCUGCCAACCACCUAGAUGGGCACAAAACAACAGUUUCAUUAGGAAGUCGAAGAAUCACAGCAUGUCUCACCUGGGAGCUUGAGUUUGUUUAGGUGUAUUUUGGGGCAAUUUAUUCUGUUCAACAAAGAAAUGCAAAUUUGCUCGUCUGCAUUGGUGGACCUAGGAUUAAGCUCAGUUAUAUGGAUAUCACAUCUAGUAUGACUAUUCUUUGUGUUUGUCUUCAUGAUUGUCAUUUUUAGGAAGUUGGCACAAUACUUAUGUAUCCUGUGGCAUUUUAUGCUAUCUGGAUCAAGUUGAUGUCAAAUUUAGUUUGUCAGAAUGUGUUUUAGUCUUUACUGAAAAGUCUAGAAAUUAGACUUUCUUCAUGUUAAUGUUUUAGCUUACUUCUUGAAUGAUUUUAUUCAGUUCUACUGUUUAAGUGGGAUGUUUAAAUUGAAGUUGACUGAAUGUAGUUAUUUAUUUUAAACAUGAAAGAAAAGGGAGGCUGAUUAAGAAAGGGAAAAAAAGGUUUUUAUCUGUGACUGAAAAGCGGUGGGAACAAGUACAAUUUAUUUAAUCCCAUCCCUUUUCAUCAACCAAAAUUUUAUUAAUUCACUCCCUUGUUGAUAGAGUCCUUUAUAAUAAUUAUAUAAUUCUAAUAUAAUACAGGCUACCAAAAAGGUCCCAAGUUAGGAUGUGUAAUAAACUCUUCUACUAUACACGAAAGUACAUUUUCCUUGUUAAUAUAUAUUUUUUAACUCAUAACACAUUUGCAGUAAGAUAGAUGUCGAUACUUUGUGUUGCUGCUAUAGUUGGGUAUCCUUGGAAGAGAGAUGUCUGGUCUCAAUUGGACUUAUUUAGCUUCAUAAAAGGUUGUUUUUGUUUAUUUAAAUGAAGAUUUAUGUUAAAGAAACAUCCUGAUGUGUGUCGACUGAAUCGCAUAAUCUGAGACCUUUGUCGUGAGGCUGUUCAGUUGAUAAAGUUGCACCAGUGCUGCUGGAAACACUGUUGCCAGUUCAUCCACUUUUUGCCAAACAUUAAUCCACCUCUUUGUAUUGAGCCACUCACCUUCGAUUUGAUACGCAGCCGUCGCCGCUCCCCACGCAAAGUCACGUGGGAACAUGUUGGCACACUGAGUUAAAACAGUCCCACUGACAUGUGCGCUUUCUGUUUCUCACAGAUCCAUGUGUCAGGCUCACAGAAACCUUGGAUUCAUGCUGGUUUUCUACUAAGGUAACGCAGCUCUGCAACCAGGAAAAGACUUGAAGAUGAGGCAUUUAGGGGGCGUGACGUUUGUUACGUACAGGAUCCAUGAUAAAGUGAAGAUAAUACAACUCUUGGCUUUAUAAUGAGUGAAAUAGCAUGUGUGCAAUGGCUGAAAUAUACUGAGUCGAACCACUUUGGUUACAGGGUUCAGUCUCGUGAUUAUUUUAAGAAAAUUGUGUUUGGUAUUUGGAUUCUCAAAUCUUCAGAGGAGGACUUGAAAGCAGCACCAGAAAGCUGCAGACCAGCGUGAUUGACGCGACUUUGUAACGUCAAGGUAGAUCCGAGUUUCCGGAAAGCAUUUAAUCUGAUAAACUUUGUCAUUUGUUAUCUGAACAGUCUUUCACAGGGUUAAUGUUCGUUUGCUUAAUUUUUCAAAGUUAUGGGGAAAAUGUGUCCUUUAAUAUUCUAAAAACGACAACAACAACAACUAAAACUAGAAAUCGUGAAAUGUAUUUCAUCCUGACAGCUUUUUUUUUUUUUCAUACACAUCAGGCUGUGAGAGAGUGCCUGAUCCGGAUCGGAAAAACAGACCUUGUUUGUGUAAGUUUCUUGAAAUUGCUGCAUCAAUUCCACUACACACAACAAUGUGACAUCCUGUGUGCAACAGGACAAAAGGGGUUAAAGGUUGCUCGUCAAAGUAAGUCAAUCCACUCAUGGUUUGAUAACAAAUGGACGGUGGAGGUCAAAGCAUAGUCGCCUGAGGGUAUGAGUUCCCUGACCUGUGAUCACGUUGUUGCUAUCUUUAGGUUUUUCUAAAGAAUGAAGUGACCCACUUAACUUAAUCAUAACAAAUGAGAAGGAUUACUUGCCAAAGGGUGAACACAUACAUGAAGUGAGCAAAAAUUCACAUCUGAGCUUGUUGGUUUAAAGCUAUGAAAGUGUUAAAAUGCAAGAUUCUAGAAGGAGGUCCAUAAAUAUUGACUGUUUAAUAGGGCUGGGUGAUAAAACAAUAACGAUAUAUAUCGAAAAUUAAUUUCCCUUAAUAUCAGUAUAAAACUUGGCCAAUAUGCUUUUCAAUAUGCCAUGUUUUGGUAUACAAUACGAAUAGCCAAUGAAAAGGGGAGUUGCUCCUGGUCUUCUUCGCACUGAUCCAAUCAUGUGCUGAAUUAGAACCAAGUAGCAAACAACUGUGUAGUAGCAGGCUGCAGCUACACACAACCAUAGCAUUUGAACACAACACAUUAAGCUGACAGCACUAUUGGUGAGGAAAAAAGAAAAUGAGUGCUACCCCCAGCAGAAAUGAAGAUGAAGACUCCACAGAUGACGACAUCAUCGACAAGACUGGCACGAAAACGUCGGUCUUGGGGGUAUUUUGUUUUUUUUGAGGUCGAACAUGAGGCAGAGUAAUGUGUACUACAAAUUAUUUCAAGUACAUGUUAUUGUAAAGUUGGGGAAAACCUUAAAUCUUUUUCGCCACCUGAAGCAGUGCCAUGCGGCACAGCACGCGCAAUACAAAAGGUUUCAAACCCAGAGCAGAGUAAGGAGCCCAUGGCGCCUGUGCAGCUGAAACAUCCGACCGUUCAGUCCGCUUUCUGUAGCGCAACGCCUUACGACAAAACGUAGACAAAGACCUCACAGAUGCAGUAGAUUAUUGUAUUGCAAAAGACAUGCUACCAAUAAACACUGUUAAAAUUUUUUAAAAUCAUGAUGUCUAUCGAUAUUGGCUGAUAUGAAAAAAAUAUGUCAGGAUAAACUUUUCUCAUAUCGCCCAACCCUACUGUGUAACUUGUUCAUGCUUAAGUAGACUUACUCUGUGAAUAUGGUUUGUAAACUAGUCUGGUAUAAUUAGAAGUGUGUUAUGCCCUUCAUAAUAAGAAUAAGAAUAACUUUAUUAAUCCCCGGAGGCAAAUUGUCUGUUGUCUUACAAAAUAUGUCUCCAAUAGUUAUCUACUAUUAACAUAAGAGUUAUAAAGUCUAUUGGCUGUUGGUACAAAAGAUAUGCUGAAUCUUUCUGUCCUGCAGCGAAGAGAGAGGAGCCAAAAACUACUACUACUAUUACUACCAAAAUCUACUAUUAUGAUAGUGCUGGAGGCCAUGUGUGGUCAUCAAAGCUUUUGAAUAAAUAAAUAAAUAAACGAUGUUCCUCCUCUGCCGAAAUAUCAAAGCUCCGCAACUGCUAUGUGCCUUCUGCUGUGCAAUGUGCACUGAGCAGCCAAAAUGGGGCAAAACAAUGUCGCAAAGAAGGACAUAUCCUUCAGGAACAGAGAAAAUAUAGAGGAAGAAGAGAAAAAUUGCCAAGGUAUGUUUGUAUGUCAUGGAAUGUUAAUCAAAGAGAUUUGUUAAGGUGUGUGAAUGAUCAACAAUCAAUAUUUUUGGAGAAAAAUAUGGGCCCCAAAAUCAAAUUUUGCAUAGGGCCCCAUUGAGGCAUGAGCCGGCUCUGGGUAAGUCUUUGUCUGCCCAAAACUUUGUCAUAAAAAGCUGGGUAUUACAACAACGGAAGUGACAGGGGUGAUCAAACGCAUCAAUUGGGCGCUUUAUUCUGAAAGUCAAACCGGAAAUGGUUUGCGUUCUUUCUUAGUUUACAACAGUGGCUGCCGGGGCAGGACCAUGGGAAGAGGACUUCUCAGGGGAGUGUGAACUGCUCCAAACACUUUUAUUAAGGCACAGGAGCCGAAAGAGAAAUCGCAACUCUUUGGACUUAGUUGUCGUCGUUUAAGAGUUUUAAAACGCUGUUUCUUUCGAGCACUCUGAGCACAUUUUACGCUGAAAAUGCCUUGUUGUUAGCGCUUUUGUGUCUCUUUUUUGAGCAAUUUCCUGUCGGUGCUGGGAAAGAGGAGAGGGGGGAAAGUUUCCUACCUCUCAUUUAGUCUUCUACUCAGUCCAAAGUGCUGGAACCUGAAAGUGAGUGUUUGAGGAAAAACCUUACUAUUUUGUUCUGAACUUACUGUGGAUACAAUGAGAUUACUGCAGUCGCCUCCUGUGGAAAAGACAACACUGUGAAUCGGUCCCACGCUAGGAGCAACAAAGGAAACCUCUCAACAACUGGAUAAGUUAUUUACUCCCGAGCUAGCAUGCGCAGCGUGUAAAGACGGAGGAAUUGAAGAAAAUGAGCAGGAAGAAGGAAUUAUAAAUGAAUCGUUUGCCAACAAAGAAAGGGACCCCUUUCUGCCAGACUGAGCCAAAGGAAAGCUUUGCUAGAAAUGGAGGAGGAAGGCUCACUUGAGCCAAACAAGAUGCUGGAAAAGGGGCUUGGAUUUACGGUAUAUUUUGUAUAACAGAGCUGCUUAGUGUUUGGUGAAAAUAUCCGCCCUGUUUACUAUCAAAACAUUCAUUUCUCUGCCAAUGCUGCAGCGGUUCUGUGGUCGUGUGUGAAAAUGAGGGUGGAUCUGUUGCAGUUGUUUGUGGUUUUGCUGCUCUGUGGCGGCGCUGGCUCGGCGGUAUCAUCUGAUUGCAAAUCAUAUGAUGAACGCCCGAAAAGCGGUGGGAAAAGCCCGCAGUCCGACAGGAAGGUGGUGUGCAGCAACAUGGAGCUCCAUCAGGUGUUACCUCCGGACUCCUUCCCCAACAGGACGGUCACACUGUAAGUAUAAAUGCAUUUACACUCCUAAGAGUCAGGGUAAACAUGUCCUGAUGAUGUGAAUCUUGUGACAAGAACCACUUCUCUUACUCUGUCUUAUUAAUUCUGCCUUUAAGUCCAGAUUCCAACUUGCUAAAAGUCAGAAAUUCAACGCCAUGCAUCCUGUGUACUUGUGCUUUGUGGAGGUGGUGGUGAGUGAUGGGGGGAAAUCUGAGAAUACCAGGGCAGGGUGCAAGAGCAGAAAGCAAAUAAUAGACUCCAGGGAGGGAAAGAAAGGGGGAAGAUUGUCUGGUAAGUUAAGUGGGUGUACAUGUUUUAACCUGUUUACCACAAAUCACAUGCACAGAGCUUUAAAGCUCUUCCAAAGUCAUAUUUAUAGAUUUAAAAUACUUAAUCACAGAGAUCUGGAUUGGAUUCACUUAAAAAUCUUUAAAUUGAUGACACAUCUUUAGCUUUAUUUUUCAUGAGUUCUGCUAUUGUUGCAAUUUCUUAAUGGGAAUACAAAAAAUCAAGUUAAGACUCAAGUUUAGGUUUAAGUUCCUGAUCAUUCAACUCUGUGACCACACACAGGCCUAUAAUCUACCUUCCCGUCUGUCAUUAAUCCAUCCUUACCAGUUAUAUUCAGUCAGGCAUCUACCUUAUGAUCUUUAUGAUCCAUACAUCAACCCAUCAAGCGCUACCUGAUGCAGCUGGACUAAGCUGUGAUUGGUCAAACCUAGGGUACACCUCAGACCAACCUCGAGUCUAACAAGUAUCCCAUCAUCCUGAGUAGGUAUUCGCAACAGUUGCCAGUUUUUCUGUCUGGAUUGCAGUUCUUAAAAAAAAUAAGUGUUUUGUACCUAUGAGAAGUUUUUUGUUUUGGAGUUGGCCUUGUUUUCUUGAACCAGGGAGCACUCUAAAGUCAUCAAGCAAGCCUUCAAACUUGUCCUUGUGUUUGCCAUGUCUGAAUGUCGUCAGCGAGUUUGGAGUCUGUCAUUUUGUUGCGACAGUGAUGGAUUGGAGGUUGAGCCAGGUUUACUCAUGAUUUAGCAUUCAGCUGAAAAAGAAAGACUGGGAACAUGAAGGAUGGCCUCCUCUGGGGUACAAGCAAGAUAUAAUUAGAGAGCACAGACAGACGUCACUGCAACUCUGGAAUGUUUUUCCUGUCUCCUCUUCUGUAUCUCUGGAUGUUUGUUGUCAUCUAUUCGUGGGGAAUGCUCACUAUAAAAUAAAACUACCUUUCUAUAGAGAGAUACAGAAAUUGAUUGAAAGAAAAAUAGUUUGAGGCAAAGUAUUUGUGUGGCAGAUUAAACGAUUCAGUAAUUUUGCAAGCAGUAUGUGAAGAAAAAGCUGGUUUCUGCUUCUUGAAUGUGAGGUUAUACUGCUUGUUGUGGUCUUCUGAAUGAGACUUUAAGCUCUUUUUUUGUCAAACCCACAAUUGACGACAUUGCUUUGGGCUACUGGAUGUUUUGAAACUUUAUAACUAUUUAUUUUUUGUUUUAGAAAAGGACAUGGAGUGUCAACAAUUGACUAAACAACCAUCCAGUUCAUUUCCAAGUCAGUUGGGGCCCUACUGGACUACAUGCAAGUUUUUGAGAGUUAAUUUAUGACCCUGAAAAUCAGCUAACCCACUCCCGAGGUUAGGUGGUCCUCUUUUAUGGCCCUCCCAGUUCCCUGUGGUGGGGUUGAGCGGGGUCUGGACACAGCUGGUCUGGUCUAUAAUAAAAUGAAGCAGGGCUCUGAGCUGCUACAAGAAACCUGCCUCAGCCUGGAAGUUUGCCCUGAAUUAUUUUACCAUGUUUUGCGAAUCCUGCUGCGGUUUUCUAGCUAACUGGGCACAUGAGAAUAUCCUCUGUAAGGAUAGAUGGUAUGUCGUUAAUGUUUGGAGGCCUUGUUUUGUGUGUAAGUAGAAGGCCUUGGUGUGAUUGAAGACCUAUUGGCUCAUCGUUAUUCCCCACUCCCCUUUGAGAUUUCCUGUUUAAGAGGCCUAGAUUCCAGUGUUUAAAGGAAAGCUGUUAUUGAGUUGAACCAGAAGAUUGUUUCUUAACUAACUCUGAGACAGCAUGAAACUUCUUGAACCUUAGAUAAUUGUAUUUACUCUGUGCCAGAUUAUAAACCCCAGAUACUCUCAAGUAAUUGCUCCCAAAGUUACCUCCUCCUUCAUUUUAGCCAUUCCUGCCUAUUAAUUGGCCAGAAUUGAAUAUUUUCUGGUUUGGGUUUACUCAUAGAGGUAUUUUGCACUAAAACCCAAGAGAAAAAAUGGGCGAUGCAUUCCCCGCAUUUGUGCUCUCCAAAUGAUACCACAUGCCAAAGUAAUCUGAGAGGAAAUGACACAAAUGUGUUUACAGCUGGCCUGUUCUCCCCUGUCAGUGUAGGCCGCAGCUAAAACUCCAGGGCUUGAGCUUUACUAUGCAUGGAGGGAUAAAUCAGGUUGUGUGAGCAGCAGUCUGUAUGGGUGUGUACAUGAGCGUUUAUUUCUGUGUUCCUGUGUUCAUACUUAGCAGACAGGAACAGCCUAUAUUUAACCCUUCUGUACUCACUCAGCUCAUAUUUCUCUUUCCAGAGCUGGUUGAGUGUAAUCAGGAUCCAUUCACAAGAACACCUGGGUUGGACAGAGCAAAUAAGCGCACCUGGUUUCAGCCCCCACAGAGCAGGGCAGAGCAGAGCGGUCCAAGAUUAAUGUCAGGAAGAAAGCAGGGAUUUCCUCCCUCGCUGCAGGAAAAGCUUGCACAGUUUGAUGACACGCUGGAGUGCAGUUAACUGUCGCGUUUCACAGCAGUGCGAAGUGAAAGCUAGGGUUACAUUUUGAGUUGUUUUCUUGAGCCUUCACUUCCUAAAGGCAAGGCCUGUGGAAGUGAUUUACUUUGGUUUUCAAAAUGUCCCUUGAUGAACCCUGCAAUGGGAACAAGGCUGACAGUGUCUGCACCGAUAUAUUUGCAAACUGGGAGUGUUUUAAAAUACUUACAAGGGUGUCCCAAUACAGCUUUUUUACUUCCAAUAUGAUACCGAUAUUGUAGCCUUUAGUAUUGGCCGAUUCCAAUACUGAUCCGAUAUUGGCACAAACUUGCGCAUGACAAGUUUUGCACUCAGCUGCAAUGUCUUUUCGGACUUAAGCGAAAAAUACUGCCACACAGCUGACAUCACUCUCACUCCUUGCUACAUUGUUAUUACCUCAGUUCACUGUUGUUGUGAUCACGUGGGCUCUGCCUGCUGGAUCUGGGCGCUGCUAGCUCGAGGUGCCGGAGAGGAGUCUGGAAUGGACUGCUUUUAUCGGAGUGCUGAUAUCGGAGAUUUUAGAUGCAAGCUGAUACAAUUUGAUAUUUUUUUUGUGGCUGAUAUUGGACUGAUAUCCAAAACCAAUAUUGUAUCAGGACAGCCCUAAUACUUACCAUACUGAGAAGCUGGACAAUCUAAGCGUAGGGCUGGGCGAAAAAACGAUAACGAUAUAUAUCCAAAAUUAAUUUCCCUCAAUAUCAAUAUAAAACAUGGUCAAUAUGCUUUUCAGUCAUCUGCAUUCUGCCAUGUUUUGGUAGACUACACUCUUAGCCAAUGAAAAGGGGAGUUUCUCCGGGUCUACUUCGCACUGAACCAAUCAUGUGCUGAAUGAGAACCAAGUAGCAAACAACCGGUAGUAGUAGGCUGCAGCUACAUGCAGCCAUAGCACUUUAACAGUGCAACUCCUUACGACAAAACGUCGAAGAGACACAAAGAUUUCACAGAUGCAGUAGCUUAUUGUAUUGCAGAAGACAUGCUAUCAGUAAGCACAGCUAAAUUUCAUUUUUAUAUUGUGAUAUAUCGAUAUCGACUGAUAUGGGAAAAACUACAUUGUGAUAAAUUUUUCCCAUAUUGCCCAGUCCUAUCUAAGUGUAAAGGUUGUUUAAUAAAGGAGUAGUAUUAAUAAAAGCAUCGAAGUAGUAAAGAUUGUGGAUUGAUUUGAUGUGAUGUCUCAAAUAAUGAAGUGGCAGACAGAAAUGAGGGAUUAAGCUCAGUGUUUCCUCUCUAAAUUGACGUGUCUACGAAGGAGUCUAUUAUUUUACAGCCUGUAAUGCAAUGAGAUAUUAAACCAAUGACAAAAUCAAUAUAAAAACUGAAGGCUUAGCUUUCUGCUCUCAAAAGGCACAAGUUUCUGACUAUUAUACUUCUCAUUUCAGAUCUAUUUAUACAGGAGCACACGUCUGCCCUGAGGGAACCUGCUUCCAAGGGGUUAAGAACUCACUGUAAAUACAGACACGUUACUGCGGGACACACCAGUCUAUAUGUCAGUCAUCUCGUCUAUUUAUUCUUCCCAGCAUUAAAAGCUACCGGGCUAUGCAGGGAGCCUUUGAUCUGCUUUUGUAACCAGACCACAGUUGCCUGCUGUCAUGCAUGUCGUGAGAGGAUUUGUUCUUGUUGCUUUUCAGACGAGCCGCUGCUCUAAAGCAAGCCUCUUGUGUUAUUCAUUGUAGCUCUGCAGCGUUUGCAGAAGAAAGCAGGAUAAGACGAGGCACUGACAGCUGCAAAUGAAGUCAGUUUGCAGUUUUUUUUCUUCUUUCACAGACAGACCUGUUGAGCUUUCGCUUUGCCAGGUUGCUGCAGGUCUCAUUUAAUCCCAGGCCAGCAUUUUGGUUUAGCGUGCAGACAUGAGCUAAGGCAGAGCAUGCCUCUCCGUCUGUGUUAAUUUUACCCCUCAUCUGCUGUUAUCCUGGUGUUUGCAUGGUGGAUCAUUUGCUAUUAAAGAUGAAAGCCGUUAGCUGAAUGGUUUGCCUUGUUGGUAGGAUGAUGAAAGAGGAUAUUGCACUGUCUCAUCUGAGUGCUACAAGAAUGAACAGGCAGAAAAAGCUUAAUAAACAGACGCUUACCUUAUAAUUAUUACCCUUUUCAGCUUGAUGUCAUGCAAGUAAAUCUCUUUAAAGGACUAGAUAUUACCAGAUAGCAAAGUAUAAUUCAAUAAUUACUGAUACUGGUACCCUGUUUGUUCUCUGUACUAAUUUUGCACAAUUUGGGUUUUACAAAAAGUACUCCAGCGGCGAUCAAAAAACAUAUAUGCUCUGUCAGGUUCCACAUGUUAGCCCCAGUACAUGCAGAACAGAAUUCGUGAUGCAACAUUUUCCACCUGUCAAAUCCAAAAACUGCAGAAAAUUCGUCAUAUUUGGAUCGUUUCUGGAUCGAAGUGUCUCGGAUAAAAAAACUCGAACUAUCUUGGCAAGUCACCGCACCUCAGCUAUUGGACCAGUUCCUUCUUUCCACCUGAGCUAAGGCCCACUUUUCCAUCGAGUAUAUUCAGAGGAAGUCACUCUAGAAGGGUUUUUAUGAGCUCAACUGCGGCCUGAAACUUAUUUGAAAGCCUGCCGGAGAGUUACAGCUAUCUGCUCUGGGGAGUUUCUGGUCUAAAAGCCUCCUGAGCUUUAAGAAAGUGUUUAGACUUGGCUUUGUCCUUUAAAGUGAUAUACUAUAUGUGUGGGGGGGAGGCAGUGGUUGGCCAUUUCUAGUGCUCGUAUAGCCAGAGGCAUACGCUUUCGCAGGAGGUGUAUUUUCUUAAGUGAAAGAGAAAGUGGGACUUCCCUAGAUAGUGUCAAAAUUUAUUCACUUUGAAGACGAUGUGAAAUCUAGGCCAAUGCAUUUUAUAUGAAGUUGUGACUCAUGUUAGAAAUUCUUGUUUUAGACUCAGCUUUUUCCACAGAGGUGGCUUAGAUUUAUAGCAUCAGUAUCAGGGGACAGGAUGUGAGAUUUUGUUGGAUCCCCCUGAAGCUUGUUCCUGGCUUGAGCUAAAGCAGGUCUUAUCUAUGCAUCAAGAUAAGAGAGACUCCCCCUGUGCGGUUGUUUGGGGCCUCGCCUUAAGAAAUUCCUCAGACAGUUCCUCAGCUGGGAGACCUCAGGCCAACGUCCAGGGACAGACAGUCAGGAAGCGGACUGUCUGGGUGUAGACGUCCUGAGGGCGGUGGAGAUGCUGCUGGUGAAAUGAUCGCCCAUUUUUCCUACGUGUUUAUUGCUUGAAGACACUGGGGUAUUUCAAACUAAUCAAAGCGUAGAGCAGACUCAAAUUGCUGCCUCAGGAGUUUCCAACAAACUAAGGUCACACUCCUGUCAUGAGAAAGAAGUGAGGGGCUAAGAUGGGGGGGAUGGUAAAAGAGCAACGUGACUCAACAUAUAACUCUCUUUCACGGAUUUGUUUUGAUGACCCAUGAAGUCACAAGUCUGGAAAUGUGCAUUUGCUCAGACAGACUAGUGAAUCUCUACAUACACUCGUGUAUUAUGUAAACAUAAUUUUAAAACUUUCCAUGGAGUUGAAAAGCCUGGACACAACAUUAGAUGUUGGUGCAAGGAUCUACUUGUGAUGUCAAAUUGACCCUAAAAAUCCAAUUGCCUUGGUCGGCCCUCUUAAACUUGGAGAAUCAGUCUCCAGUCCUGUCAGUUUACAAUUGGAAUCUUUGUGUUAUUUAAGGCAUUUCCGCUGACUCUAUGUGAUAUGAGGGGUGGGAAUCACCAGUGGCCCCACGAUACGAUAUUAUCACGAUACUUGGGCCACGAUAAGUUAUUAUUGCGAUUUUUAACAUUUUGCGAUACAGUGAGUAUUGCGAUUCAAUAUAUUGCGAUUUAUACAAUUUUUUCAACUGUUUAGCUAAUUAAGCAUGUGUCUUUCCUUUAUGGUUGUCUUAUUUACGCAGUGUUUUAUUUCCAUGUAGCAAUAACAAUAAAUUUGAAAAAAUCAAUUCCUGGUAAAUGAGACGAUAUGAUAUAGACAAAAUAUUGCGAUACUGUACUGUAUCGAUUUUUUCCUCCAACACCUAUGUGAUAUGAGGUGAUUUAAGAAUUGUGGUUCUUCAUAGAAAAUUUGGCUUUUGUAAUCACAAUCUUUGGAGUCCCAGACUAUGUAAACAGGCAGUGUUAAAACUAGCGGCUUUGUACAUCACUGAGUUUUAACAUCUGCAGUUUCAGCAUCCAGAAGCCUGCAAAACAUGGUCUUGCAAACACACAGGCACUGUUUGUGUGCGCACUCUCCCUUAGAGGCAAUGAGCCAAGCUGCAAAUCUCCAAUGAGCCUUCACCGUCCAACCCUGUAAUAAAACAACCCCUCAACACCCCAUAAUGACUCCAAUCUGGCCUCGAGUUGUGGGUGCCACUAGCAUGUAUGUCACCCACCACAUCCCCUUUUUGAGACCCGGUUGGCCAGAAACACAUGCUUACCACAAGCCCCAACUUGGAUGUUUUUUUUUUUUUUUGCUUGCUAGGAGUUAACAGUGCUGUUGGUUUGCCAGACCCUCAUGGACCAGUUUAGGAGGAAGACGGGAACCCGCAUGGAGUUGGCUGAAGAAAGUGGAGUGUUAAUUUGCAGCGUGUAUAAACUGAAUCAGCUUGUGCAAUAUACAAGGGGAAUAAACGGGACUGUAAAAACUGGUUUACUGCCCAGAGAGGAAGCAAUUAAGAAUUCACACUUGAAAUUGAAUGUUUUCUCAAGCUCACUUUUAUUUUUGUGCUGUUAUCGUUGGACAGUGAUAGGAAAUAUGCCCGGGUUUAAUUAAAGAGCGCCACAAAUAUCUGGCCACCAGUGCCUCUUUUUAAUUUCAGACCAUAACACAUGAUGUCUGCAUUUUGGAGUUAAACAGAUGAAAUAUUGAUACAUUUCUAAAAAAUGUUGUGUAGGAUUUUGUCAGCUGUAAAUGAUAAAACAUUGUCAGUUAAACAAAGUAUAAAUAUUAAAUGACUGAAAUGACUUUGUGCCUAGAAUGAUUAAGCUCUGAAAGGACAUUUAGAUGAAAAACAAUCUUUUAUUGAAUUAUAACAAAACAACUCCGACUCCAGUGUGGAUCUGUCUGCUUCACUUUCAUUAGGUCAGACAGAUGUUAAAGCUUUUAGCAAGAACUGUUGGCAGUUGCCCUUUAGCCAUGCAAUGUUUCAAGGGAGUUCAGUCAUAUCAUAACAAUACUUGUAUACAUCCCACCUAAGGCAACGGCUGAAGUUCCAUGUGAUGUUUUCCGUUAUACUGCUGCUAGGAUACAGAUUCAACAUCCUGAGGCACUUGUAAUAAUAUCAGGAGGCUUCAACCUUGUCACCCUCUCCUCACUGGUUGUCAGCUGUCCUACCAGAGGAAACAAAACCCUGGAUCUGCUGUAUACUAAUGUCUAAGAAACUAACAGAGCUACUGCCUUACCACAGUAAGCAGAUCUGAACAUAACUUGGUUAAUCUGGAGUUUAUCUGAGAUUCCAGAUACAUGAAUUUUCCACUGGGGAUAAAUUAAGUUUUUGAAAUCUAUGCUAUUUGUUGCGGUUGACAUUCCUCAUGUCUAGAUAUUACUUGGGUAUGAGGGUCAAUGCUGCGUUCCAUUUUACUAUUUUGUACCUUGAACGUUGUUACUACAUUGUUUGAGCCUGACUUGUGGUUUACUGUUGCCAAAAUAUUUCCACUCUGCUAAUUUAUUCCCACGGGGGCUGUAAAUGAUCAUACUCUUUAAGCGAUUUGACAUUUUCCUCCCAUCUUGGAGGUGUGCCUGGAUGGGAACUGUGUCUCAGACUUGGAAUUUAAAAAUAAAGGUGUAUCUUUAAAGAUGAAAAGGAUUUAUGUUAAGCCAGGGUUUGCUGUAAAUAGAACUAAACGGAUCAUUUCUCUUCACACAACCUCCACCUGCUUUUCUAUUCCCUAGAGCCAAAAGCAUGUACAGUACGUAUGCAGUGGUUACGAAAAUCUCCAAUUGUGUCACAGCUGCUGCAAAUCAAACUGCUUUUUGUUUACCUCUAAAAGUCAAACCUGUUUCACACACGAGUUGCACCUUAUCUCAGUCUGGCUGAGUCUCUCAAGCACUCUGAUGCUGCCAAUUAAACAUGAAAGAAACGACUCGGCUCAUGCUCAAGUUUUUUUCUCUUCUGAUCUCUUUCUGGCUGCGGUAAACAUUUUGUGACUGGAAGCUAAGAGUGGCGAGAGGACAAAGAGUGAGCGUUAUAUCAUUAUCCAUCAACAAGUUGCAGUAUGGCACUGUUCCACUUGUUGAAAAAGACACUAGACCCUUUUUCCAGUCCUCUUUCACAAUUUCAUUAGCUCACAUUCCUUGCUGAUGUCCUGAGUGCUGUGGCUGAUUCUAUUUGUGACUGGUUAUUUGGCACACAUUCAGUGGAGGUCAGUAUUAGACUGGUCUGACUGUGAUAAGUCGACAAUAACACUCACUGUUCCAUGCAAGAGGAAGUAUCUCUAAUGUGAAAUUUCUGUUAUUUUUGUUGUUGCUUUUGCAUUUAUGUAUUUUUUUUUUCUUCUCUCCACAGAAUUUUAAACAACAAUAAGAUUCAAGAACUCAAAAAUGGAUCCUUCUUUGGGUUACUCACUUUGGAAAAAUUGUAAGUGUAUUUCUUUUUUUUGCAUUUCUGGUAGUCUGUGUCAAUGUAACACAAACUUUAACAUUAAAAUGUGUGUUUUGAUGACCAAUCAUAGCCUCUCAAAAAAACCUGUCGUGGUUUGAAUCAUAGACUGUAUAUAGAAUGGACGCCGUCUUUCUCCUCGCUGGGUGAAUCCACAGCGAGAACAGCACCCUCUGGUGAUGGGCUGCAGUUUAGGUCAUAGAUCACGUGCAGCUCCAUUUUUAAAACUUAUCGGGGGUUCAUGUUUUAAAUGAUUGACACUUGGUAAAGCCUAAGAGCAUACGAAGAUUGUGUAGCUCACCCAGGGGAUAUACUAUUUAAACUGAGCAUCAUCCCAGCGACUCUCCUACUGAAUGCGUACAACGCUAUUGCGCAAAGUUGGUUUCAGGAAGUGGAGGAAAAAACCCGAAAUACAGAGAGCUUUUUGGCUUCAAAUAUGUACUGGCGGAAGGCGGAACAAAGUUUUCCGUAGUAUAUACAAUCUAUGGUUUGAACACAUGAUGUUCAUCAUCAUUUUGAGGAUGCAUUAAGUAAGGAUAAUAAAUUAUAGAGUUUCUAGAAUCAAAUAUUUUCACAGUACUUGUGUUUUAAUGACGAGUGCAUUAGCCGAAACCAUCCAUUGAGCCACAAGUGGAGCUGGGAGUGGGAGUUUGGUUCAAAAACACACAUAUUGGCUUAGAGCCAGUGGAUCAUCCAGGUCAUAGAAAAUGUGAAAGCAUACACACAGCACUUAACCUCAGACAAGAAUACUAGGCUACGAAGGAAGACCAGAGAUGGUACUAGAAAAGCUAAUUAUAGGUGUAGCCCUGAGGGUUUGUUGUUGCCUGCCUGGUGGUGACAUAGUCUCAACAUACAGCUGCCUGGGUUUUCUGAGGAUGGGGCCCGAUUUAGAGGGGUAUUAUAUACAUGAGCUCAUAGCUUUUAGAAGAUGGUGUAGGCUGUGAGGACUUCGUCUUACAGGGUAAACAUUGACCAACAAUUGAGAUAUCAAGGAAACAAGAUCUUUUAUUGGUGUGUAGGGGUGUUGUCUGAGAUUCCUGGGACGAUUGAGAGAGAGUUCAUUCAUGCCAUAUGACUAACUUUAGGAACUGGAAUGUCAUCAUCUGUGCUUCCUACAGAGAUUUCAGCUAAAUGGCUUCUGGCCUGCACAUAUGCGCAUGUGGGUGAUUUAUCGCUCUGGAAUGGCUUCAUGCAGAUAAAAUAACCAGACCAUUAAUGGUCCUGCUUUUACCCAAGGCUACGAUAACACAUGACUGACUUGAUGUGGAAUUCGAGGGGCAUGUAUCACGUAUCAUUCAUCCCGGUCUGGUUAAAAAGACAAGAAAUAUUUAAGGUAUAAAAGGUUGAAUAAGCCUCAUUGAGCCUGAGGUCAGAAAGAAGAUUUAGGUUUCCAUUUUUUUUCUUUGAACUGUGAUUGAUUCAAAUUUCUUUGAUUGCAGAAGCAGCUUUUAAAAAAGUUUCCCUCUUCCUCUUUAAGGCCACGUUUGCUUAAAAAAUAUAAAGAUUGUCAAAUUUCUACACAUUUUUAAAGCUCCUGUGAGGAUUUUUUAAAGUUAUGUAACUCACUGAAAUGAGUAAUGAUGCCUCCGCAGAUAAAUCCAGACCAUGUGCAUAAAAACGGAUAAUUCAGUUAUUAGUUAUUAGACAAAUUCAGCAAAGAAGGACAAAAAAUUUCCCAUGGGAGCUUUAAGUCAGUUACGGCUUUCAGCCCGAGGUUGAAAAAGAAGAGACUGAGAGACUUAGUGUAAUAAAAUACUCGAGCCAACCACUUUGGAAAUAUCCCAGAGCAGAGCGCCUUAAAUUUUCUGAAAAUUUCAAGAGUGCAAUUUGGAAAGAGGCUCGUUUCUGUCAAUUCUGAGUAGAAACCACUUCCAUUCCUCUUUUUAUUUUGUGGUCAGUUGGUUGUGUAAAACUGUCUAGGUUGAUUUUCUCUGCUACACUCAUGUUUUAAUUUGGAGACCUUCAGAUGCCUGAUUGUUUAUGGAUCUGAAGGAGUACUCCCCGUGGGCUCUUGAAUUGGGUCAGAUGUGAGUUUUUGGAGCUCAGGGCCUGCAAGAUAAACAGGAGGUUGUGUGCUGAAUAUGUAAAGAAAGGAGGCUUUGAUCUUCCUCCACCACUUUAUAUGCUUUGUCUGUGAGUGGCCUGUCGAUGUGGUUGUAAACUUCCCUCUGCCUGUCAUUGCAUCAAUCCACAGGCGAGUUUACCUCCAAAAGCAGCUCCCUUUGUGCCCUGCAGGCCCCGCCCACCUCCUGUCCACCCUCAACCAGUGAAGCGAGAUCGCUACACGGCUUGCUUGCUUUUGUCAUUGUAAUGAGGCCAAGCCAAGGCCAGAGGUGUCAGCAGUACGAUCCCCAAACACACUCUGCAUGCUGAAGCCUCUCUUUCCCUUCCAGUGCCUCCCCCUCCUUCCCUCCCCCUUCCCUUGAAUCACACUCCCCCUUUUCUCCCCAAACUCUAGAGCAACUCUGAAUGCUCUCUCCAUUUUGCUUACCCUCUCUACCUCCUCUCUCCUCCACAAAGAAACGCUCCUUCAUUUGGACUGCCUGUGUGCAGUGGUGAAGCCUUAGACAGCAGCUGGCUGUGAGUUGCCAGAGAGAAGUGGGAAGAGAAUCGAUUACGCCUAUCUGGCACUCUGCAUGAAAUUGUAAAGUAACUGUGGAGACCGCUGUGUUUUGUCAGGGCCAAAGGUGCCCCUGCUUGGAAAUAAGCCACACAGAAUCCCCCAUUAUCACUCUCCUCAUAGAAAUUGGAGCCAAGCUAGGCGGGCGUCACAUGCUAAUUCCUGACUAAAUCCACUGCUGUGGAGGAAUGCUUAUUGUGGAAAACAGAGGCGGGAUAACGGCUGCAGUGAGAGAUGGAUUCUCAGGAAUAGCUUGUCGUCUAUUCAUGAGAAGCAUAACAUAAGUGGAAGUAUGCACGAAAGCAAUUUAAGCAAAAAUAACCUUAACGUUAAAUGUAACAAAUUUAUUAUUAUUUUUUUUUUACAAGGAAACAUUGUUCACCUGCAAAUAGGGGUGUCCCAAUACAACUUUUUUACUUCCAAUACAAUACCGAUAUUGUAGCCUUCAAUAUUGGGCGAUACCGAUAUUAAUCCGAUAUUGGCACAAACGUGUGCAUGACAAGUUUUGCAUUCAGCUUCAAUGUCCUUUUCGGACUUAAACAAAAAAUACUGCCACAAGGCUGACAUCACUCCUACUCCUUGCUACUUUGUUCGGCUGAUAUCAUCCGAUAAUUGUUUUUUGGCUGAUAUUGGAUCGAUAUCAAUAUCCUAUCGGGACAGCCCUAAAACUUACCAUACUGAGAAGCUGUAGUCAAAGCGUAAAGGUUGUUUAUUAAAGGAGUAGCAGUGUAGACUGCUUGUAUUGGAGUGCUGAUAUCGGAAAUUUUGAAUGCAGUCCGAUAUAAUCCGACAUAUAUAUAUAUAUAUAUAUAUAUAUAUAUAUAUAUAUAUAUAUAUAUAUAUAUAUAUAUAUAUAUAUAUAUAUACAGUAUAUAUUUAUUUAUUUAUUUAUAUAUAUUGUCUUUUUUUUUUUUUUUUUUUUUGGUGCUAUUGGAUCGAUAUCAACAUUGUAUCAGGGCACCCCUACCUGCAAACUCUUCAACCUCUUUAGUCUUUUCAAAUGCUGUUUAUUCUGCAUUCAUUUUCCUUUUUUGAAGCAGCGUCAGUGAAUCACAAGUUAGUACUCUGAGAAGUCACAUAGUCGGCCAUGCCAAGCAGGAAGUUUAUCAAACUAAGUAGAGCAUGAAGUCACCAAUCUUUGAGUUCAGCUGGAGGUUUAUUUAACACCUUCAGCUGCACUCUCUUUUGAUUAAAUAUGCCUAUCAUGCCAAGAAGCUUCAACUAGAAUAAGAUGCCAAAAAAUACUGUGAGUAAAGGAUAUAAUGUCUUCAAAAUAAAACAUUUGGGUCCAUCUAAAUGGCACCAGCUGCAAAACCAGCCUUUGGUUUGAGGCCAGUUAAAGAUCAGUCCUGGAUCCCAGUGAGGAAACCUCAGCCAGCUAUUUCAAUUAGGGGCAUGUUGAGAAAACCUGGCAUGUUGUUCUCUGUAAAUAGGUUUAAAAGAUGCCAGGUCAUGCGUGGUGAGGUUUUUUUUGGGGGAAUUUGCAGUGAAGUUAUAGAUGACUGAACACAGACUGGUUCUCUUGGACUCCCCAUUCUGUCCUGUAGUGAUCCAAAAUCUGAGAGCUGCAGUGUGUACUGUUUUGUCAUGAGUGGCUUGGAUGGUUGGAUUUUUACAACUACCAGGCAUUACUGUUAAAGAAAUUCACCCUUUGGAAUCAGUUAAGGCUUCUUUAAAUACUUUUCUAACAUAGAAAUUGAUCAUGUGUCUUUGGUCAAAAGUCCAUGAACGAGUGCUCUUUCUUUGAUGGGCAGGUUUUCUGUGUAUUUGACUCAUAGUUGCUUGCUUGCACAGUUAAUUCAUAUUCCUUUGUCCCGUCCUUUCAUUUCUCUGUCAACACUUCUUCACAGAGGGCCUGCUAGCUCACAUCAAAAGCUCCAAUGAGCAAUAGUUUUUGUCUCUGACUUAUCUAUGACCACCUACCUACCCACCUUUAGAUGACAGGUCCUCUACAUCAAACGGGCAGAGUUACCCAAAGGCCCUUUGUGUGGGUUCAGGUGCUGACUAGAAAGCCUCAGCUGUAAUGAAUGACUCGACAGUGCCAGCACAGGUGAGCACCGCAGGAAUUUUUUUUUGUUCGACCACAAGCCUUUGAACUUCAGGACAGAGGAGUCUGAGUGCAUCUUUGUGUGAGAGCUUGAGAGGAUCUUUGAGGGCCAGGUUGUCGGAUGCAGCAGCUGCGAAUGCAUGUAUAUGCAAGAUCGUCAUAAACAGUAUCAUUAUGUUCAAAUGGGAGUAAUCCAAGUCUUAAAAAGCCACUUUUACUUCCGGCUUUCUUGUAGAAAUAAUAACUUGACUUGUCUAAUGUUUGAUGUUUGGCAGCUGUUACUGGGUGGUUGAGUGGGCCAAGUCUCAAUCAAAAGGUUGGAGAUGCAAUCCUAGCUCCUGCUGUUUGAUGCUGAUGUCCUUGGGCAAGACAUUGAACCCUCAGUUGCUUCUCAUAACAUAGUCAGUGGUGUGUAAAAGUAUAUGAAUGGGAUUCCUUAAUACUCACAGCCCUCUACUGUAGCAUGGAUUUCCAUCAGUGUAGAAAUGUGGUGUGAAAGAGACAGUGUGUAGUAUAAAAGGGCUUUGAGAGGAGGGAAAGACGAGGAAAGCAUUACAUAUACAUGCGAAUGGAUCAUGAAUUAACCUUUUUUUGUAGUUCCUUUUCUAAAUAUUUAACUCUUUACAUUUCCCACAUUAAUGUCGAUAAAAACAAGAAAGAACCAAAGCGAAGCCAGAAGGAGACAAUAAAGCAAUUUUUUUAUCAUGUGUGAUAUCUGACAGUCAUUGAGGACUUUAAAAACUUGGGGUGGUAACUUAAAUAUAAACUUUUAUUUCUAUUAUUUUUUUCGUUCUCGUCAGAAGUUAGGGAAGAAUUUAAAAUCUACAGAAAGUUUGAAAUAUAGUGAGCUAGUGGUUAUGCUGAGCCAAAUCCUGACAGGGUGAGCGGUGAUCCAAUCCGCAUAACCACCCGCUCACUGUGACUUAUCCUGCUUAUUUGACCCACAACCAACUACAGACAUAAACAGCUUAACACCAGAUAUUGAAUCAAUAAUGAUUUUGAUUUAUUCACUCAGCGAAAACAUUGUCCUUCAGAUCUACGACUGAAGGCAGCAGUAUUUUUUUAUGACUUGCUUGCUUGUCGGCUGAAUUAACUUUAACUUUAAUUUUACAUUUUAUUACAUAUUUCCUUUUGUUGUCAACUGUUAGUAUAUUUAAUUCAAAGGAACCAUGACUUCAAACAUGUUUUAAAGCAGAGUUUAGAAUUUUUUGCCAUCAAAACCUAAAACUCUGAUAUUUGUUUUCAAACAUCUGGGUCUGUUUAACUAGGAUCCCUGUCCACCAUACAUAGAAUACUUAUUUUAUCCUUAUAUAAUACAAGUGUGGGUGAUUUUGAUGCUAUAAGAAGUGAAAUCUUCCAUUUUAACCUUAAAAGUUGCUUCAAUUACAAGCUUGAGUGUUAUCUUUAAGAACCUAAUGAUAGACUCCUGCUGUUUUGUUGCUGUUUGAAUCACUCCUGACCUAAAACUCUCUUUUUUCCCCCCUCAGGGACCUGCGGAGUAACAUGAUCAGUCGUAUUGAACCCGAUGCUUUCCUCGGAUUGACAGCGCUCAAAAGACUGUGAGUAGUUGUGUUGCUCCUGCUUGUCUUUAUAUGGUUCGGAAGUUGUGUGUGCUCUACAUUUGCUCACUGAGCCUUUUCUGGAUUUGAAUUGGGUGUUUUUUUUUUUAUUUUUUUAUUUAUCAGUGACAAGUGUGACUCUAAAUCAGAGUUCUUUUCAAGAUAGUUUGAAGUGGAGGAAACCCUGGUGCUUCAUUUGUCUUCUUAAAAAUGUGGUUAAGGCAAUUUUCUUUUUGGAAUUUAAAUUGGUAGAUCUCAUUUAUUUUUUUUGCCUUCAGCGAUUUCCCUGGUUUUAAAUAUUGUGUUUAAAGCAGCUGUUGCUUUGUAUCUGUCUGCGCAAUGUGCCGUGCAUGCUCUAGCAGGUCUAGAGUGUAUCCAGUGUCCAUAAGGGAGCACGGUCAAGCAGCAGUCUAUUUCUAUGGCCUUGUUUUAUCUGGCCCACUUCCAGGGACCACUGCAGACAGUAUGAGGCCUUAUAUUUCACACUCUCAGAAAAAAAAGCAGACUGUGUAUCAAUGUGUGGAUGUCAAAUAUCAUGUGAUGGGAAUUUUGCUGAGAGAACACAUCGCUAGAUGAUAUCUGGGGGAAGAUGUGAGUGUAUAGUUGUGUGUUUCUGUGUUUGUGUGAGAACAAGAACACGGCGGGAAUUGGAAUCACCAGACAGCAGCCGGACUCUGCCAACACAAACUGGAGCUUGGCUGCUGCUGUGGAGCAAUAAGAGCGAGACAGGAAGGCAGUCGUCGCCUUGGCUGAGACCCCGCCUCAUUUUCCCAGCAACCCCUGCUUCUCAUCAAUGCAGAAUACCACAUUCAUACCUGCGUAUAUGUCCUCUACAUAUAAAAAUCAUUACACUUUCACUCACCCCUUCAUAAAGAGGGAUCUGUUACUGAGCGUGAAUGCACAGCCUCAGUGAAGUGGAUUAUUGCCGAAGGGUAACAGGGUUUAAUUAGCCCCACCACCACCCGGCUCGGUCAAUAUCAAAGGGUGGUUUCACUCACUCAGCUAUAAAAAGGAGGAACUGAGAAAGGAGGAGAAGAGAGGGAGAUGAUGAGACGAGGUCGGCCCUGGGAAUGUAAACAGAGGAACCAUGGGUGAAGAGUUGGCAUCAAAUGCUGCACAUCAACCUAACAUUUUUUCACCAGUUUUCGCAAAUGUUUCUCUGCCUUUUUAUUUUCAGGGUAUCUGUGGGGUCUGAAAAAGUCUCAAAGCGUCUAAAGUCCAUUCAUUUGAAUUGAAAUCUCCAAAGUUGUUUUAAAUACGUUUUUAAAAGACCUUAAAAAUGUUUAACAUUACUUAAAAAUAAAUAAUGUGUCAUACAAAUAAAGACUGAUUUGAAGUUAUGGUCUUAAAUAGUAUUUAAAAAGUCUAAAAUCCAAUCAUUUGAAUUUAAGGUCUUAAAGUGUCAAAACCUCUCUUAAAAUCUCAAAGACUGUCUUAAACACAUUUUUUAAAAGGUCUUAAAAUGUAUAAACGUUCCUUAAAAAUAAAUAACGUGCCAAACAAAUAAAGAUUGAUUAGAAGUUUUGGUCUUAAAAGUCUUAAAUUUGACUUGUUUAAACCUGUAGAGACCCUGUCUUUUCAUAGUUUAAUUUUUGAGCUUCAUUUUUUAGUUGUUCUUGUUUCCAUUUUGAGGUCGUCUUUAUCUGGUUUGCCUUUUCACACAGCGUUAACUUGAAAUUGAAAAGAAUAGGUCAGGAAUAUGAGGUUGUAAACGCCAUGUACAUGAGGCACGGUUUGAGCUGAUUUUGUUGUAGUUAGCGAAAGUAGUGUGUCAGUUUCUAUAUCCUGAAAAGUUCUCUACUCAGUUCAACCUUCACAUAUAUAAUGACAUAAAAAGGAAAUGUCUGCGUGUCCUCCUGGUGACCUCAAAUAAAGCAAAGAAACAAGUCAGACUGCUGCAGCUUGAAUCACAAAGUCAGAGAAAGAAUGUAAACUAUGUCACUGUGGGGGAAUCUAGUUAAUGCAUGAGGAUCAUGUAAGGUACAUGUACCUCUCUCACCUACACCAGCCACUGACAUUAUGUAACCAUGGGCAACAGGCACAACAGCCCAACCAUGAAUGUCACUUUCAAGUUGUAUUUGGUGUUGCUGGUCUGUUAAUGAAGUGUUAUUACCAUUCAGUGGUAUCACGCUCAAGUACACCACAGCUGCUCUCGAUGUAUAUCAGAUUAUUAAUCCUGUCGUAAUGUGGAUCCAGUUUUCAAGUUCAAAUGUUCAUUAUUGGUUCGCAUUGAAUUUCCAAAGCAACAUGUAAAGCUGUAUGUUAAAACUAUCUCUUAAAUGUCUGCAAAAAUCUCUAAAGUUAAGAUUCACUGUAGAUCAGACACCCUCCUGUGGAUUAGUGUUCACUGCUUACUGUUUUAUUUCACAGAGGCUUUGUUUCUGUCUUCUUAAGAACAUUUUUAGCUAUAUCAGCAGACUUGAUGUCUGUUCAGUCCAGAUUAUAUUCUGUUGGGCAAAACUGAUUUAUAGAAUAACAAAAAUACAGUCUUAUUUACUUCCCAAAUCAGGUCUGCAUUGUAAAGGAGUGGCAUGUAAAAAAAGCUCCUCUUGCACCCUUUCCACAAGCUAACAUCCGAUCUAGAAAUAGUCAUGUGGUCCGGCUUGUCUGGCUUUAGUAAUCAGUGCUAGAAGCUCAGGUUUAGGCUGCGGUGUUGCUUUUACUCACAGGGAAAAGACACACACCAUUUGCUUUACUAAUGUUACACACUUUUCAAAGCAUUUUCACGCUCUGCAUGAUAAAAACUCUAAAACAAAACAUAAUUCAGCUGCUUUCCUCUGCCCCUCUAUCCUUUCACUCUGCAUUCCACCAACAGCUGAACAGCCGCUGCUCAAGAGCCUUAAUCACAUCAGACUAUUUUUGCAUCUGCUGGUCUUAUCAUUGGCAAGAAGCGAAGCCCUGCACUCAAACAGUCUUAAGUGCUGUUAAUGUGCCACAUGCCUUUGGUGAGAAGACACACAUGAGAUGAGUUUUUAAAAGUCAGACAUGAAAACGGGAUGGAGACUUCGAGUGUUAAGUUACAGAGGGUAUCCAAGCAGACAAGAAAACUCAGCAGUGAGGCUUUAUUUUGAUUGUUUCGUAUGAUUCACAGAAUAAAAAAGUAGACCUAAGUUAGUAAAGAAGUCAAAGCAAUAGAAGUAUCCACUAUCCUGUCUUCAAUCCCCUGAUGCAGCUGUAACUCUAGUAUCUGAAUCCCGGCGAUAAAGUGGGAUGAAAGUUUGCCUCCAGCUACGUGGUGAGAAACCCCUCCCACCUCUCCCCGGCCUCACUCUGUUAUCCUUUCCCUGAUACACAAUGCUCACACAAAUUGGCAAGCCAACAAAAGGCGGCUUCUUCUUCUCCUUCUUCUUCUCUUCCGAGUGGAACUAAUAACCUCACACAGUAAAUUCCCCAGCUGGUACCUUGAGGAGCAACACCAAUAAUUACAUAAACGCUCGGAUGUUAGCAUAUGCCCGGCAGUCAUUUCCUAGGUAUCACUUCAUGUCAGUAUCGCAUUCUUCGAGCACCCCAGGAUGUAGUUCAGAUGCUGGGCUGAGGUAAUGAUGUGUCUUCUUUCUCUCCCAGGUUCUUGUUUCUUGACUUGGCACAUUUCACUGAUUAGAUCAUUACAGAGGAGUGUACGUUACAGCUGAUGUCACUUUGAACUCUGGCUGCUUUAAACCUGUCCCUCUGGGAAAUAACAGAGCUGUAGGUUGAUUGUCAGAUAAUAAAGACAGAAAGCGUAUCAAAGCUGUCAUAGUUAAGUACUUUACAGUCACACAUAUACAUUCUUUAGUUGGACCAAUUUGUCAGAAGAAAAACUCCUCCAACAGUGGAAUUUUGUAGAGUAUUUUUGCUCCUUUUAGCUCCUUGUUUUGGCCAAUGUGAGUCUCUAAUGACUCUCUUUUUCAUACUCUAUAAAACCCAGUGCCUAGGGAAAAACAGACUUCUUUAACUCCCAGUAUUAAUCUGCUAAUGAUCAAAUACUCCCUUGGGAAGUUGGUGGAAACUAAAACAGCUCUUAAUGGAAGAAUAUGAUAUAAAUAUUCAUCAAGUGGGGCCAAAAGUACUCUAUUUUGUUUCUACCAAGUGUUAGCAGUAGGGCUGUAAAGUCCUAGUCGACUGGUCGACUUAUUGGUCGAUACGUGCUGAGUCGACAAAAAUUCUGAUUGGUCGACUCAAUUUUUUUCAACAUCAGUUUACACCUUAUGGUAAAUUACAUCAGGAGGAACAUACCAAAUGCUGAUGGAGGUGCUUUGAGAGCAUUCCUGUUUCGCAGGUAACGGUCUCACCAUUUUGGAUUCGCCCAACCCAAUGGAGACCGACUGGAGACAGGAAGAAUGAAUAGCGUUCACAUUAAUCAACGUCUGGUGGUUUGCUGAAUAUUUAUGUUUUAGCCUUUUGUGUUUAAUUGCCUUCUUUCGCCGAUAUCAGUAUAUUUCUACCCCGCCGAGCCGUGCUCCGCUGACCCCUUCUUUAGUUGAUUUUUGGUCAAAAAUUUCAGGGUUUUAGUCGACCAAGGAUUUCUUUGGUUGAUUACAGCCCUAGUAUUUUCACUCCUUUUCACUCUCUUUUUUAAACUCUGUAAAACCCAAUGCCCAGGGAAAAACAGACAUCUUUGACUCCCAGUAUUUAGCUACUAAUGAUCAAAUAUUCCCUUAGGAAGUUGGUGGAAACUAAAACAGCUCUUAUUGGAAGAAAAUGAUAUAAAUAUAUAAGUAUAAAGCCAAAAAGUACUCCAGAUUCCUUUAUUUUGUCUCUACUGAGUGUUCACAGUGCCCUUACAUUAUGGACUAAAAACUCUGAGAGGUGAUUAUAUCAGGGAUUCUUGAGAGUCGGGACAAAACACUUCCUAAAAAACUUUUUUUGAGAAUGCACACUAUAUUGAUUAGAGUUAUUUAUUACUGUAGAGAAAGGUCUUAGCUAUUUAACCCCGUAAAGGAACAGGCUCUAAAUAAAAACAUUUUUUCUAUAAAUUAACAUGUUUCCCUUAGACAGUGGAUUUGUGUCAACUCCAUCAGACACACAAAAAAGAAUAUAAUUUUAAUAAUUCUAGUCCAACAAGAAUCUAAAGUUCUGAUGUAUGUUGUAAUAGUGUUUAGUUACUCUGAUAUGCCAUGAAAUAUAAUAUAUAAACCUAAUGUGUGAUUUCACACUAUUUUGAAAACCAAGAUUUCUAAAUAGUUGCAUUUUCAAACUUUGUUUUUAAUUUUUAUAUUAUAAAAACAAUUUCUGUAAGUAAAUAAGACACAAGAGGAUGUAGAGCCAAUGCUCCUUUAUUACUUAAACAAUAUAAACUGAAGAAACAAUUUUUUUUUUCUCCAAAAUUGAAGAAAAACAUACAUCUGACGGUGUUGACGAACACCUGACGGAGUUGACGAGAAACUGACGGAGUUGAUGACAUUGCAUAUGUUAUUGAACAAAUGUGUUUUUAAACCGAUUGACAAUAGGUCAAUAGGUGAAAAUAGAUUAAGAACUAAUAACUCCUUGUUUUCAUACUGAACAUACCGUUAUUGCAAUUAACCACCGCGCCGACAAGGCGUUUCCAAGCACAUUUUCAUAUUUUGGUGAGUUGUGCAGCCCGGCAUAAGUAUCCCCCCUCCCCUAACUCAGCUCCUUCCAGUGGCGUAGGUCAUAGGGAGGGAGGAGAGAGGGCGUUGAGUGGAUUUAACACAGCCGAGACCUGUAUUGACCAAUAACAUCAGCUCUUCUCGCCUUUGAAUCCGCCACUAGCGAGGCGUAUUACCAUUUUCGUGAAGUAGUCAAAGAGAUCAAGAGAUGUCUGAAGACAGCAAUGCCACACGAUGGCGACAGAAGGCAGCUGUGUCACUGUAAGCGCUGCAUUGGGCGUCCUCCGCACUGUCUCAUAUAAGCACAGAUGGAUUUGGUGUGUGUAAUGUUGGACCCACUGGUAAGACAAACACCCUUUUCCACAAAUAAAGACAAUCACAUUAAAUUGCAUAUAUUUAAACCUCACGUGACAAAGGUGGGUUGUGCGCAAAGGUCACAACAUAAAUUCCAAUAAUGGCAUUAAAAUCGGAACCAAUCUGUGUGUAAAUCGUGCCCCGUGGCCUGGCUCUUUCUUUCAUAGAUGUUGGCAUAUAAAAUAAAUUUGGCUCACAAAACUGAUUAUUAUAAUAUUUGUAUGUAGGCUUAAAGUAAAAAACUCAUCUGAUCACUGGAACAAAUCAUCUGUUCAGCUGCCGCAGCAGCAGCUGCAGCAGGACGGGUAGAGGACACAAAGACAUGUCCAGGUUGAGCUGCGCGAGAAAUAAGAGGAAGAGGAAGCUAGAAAUGGGGGCAGACAAAUUAAAUAUCUUGUUAACUUCAUCAUGUGUGUUUAUUUACUAGAUAUUUGAUUCAAUUUCAUGCAGAUUCAGCAGCUGUGUUAAUUUGGUCAGGUUGAGUGUCCAAACGCAUGCCAAAUGCGCUCAUCAGAUCAGAUAUAGAUCAGAAUAUAUCAAUAUAGAUCUAAAUGUAUGUGCUGACACAGAUUAUUAGUUGUUAUUGAUUAUUUAUUGCACGGAAAUGUUCCUGACACUGUGGAAACCUGCUGGUGAGGCCGAUAUGCCGCCGGUCUCCCAAAAUACCACUAGCCCAUCCGGAUCCACCUGCGCUGAAAGCUGACCAGGUUUGAAUCUGCGAGCUUUCAGCGCACUUUACACGCCGGCAACAAGUACGAAAAUGUCACUGCACCAGCUGAUUCUGUGGACACCUCACCCUGCCACACAUCCACGCCCAGCUUGGCGGACCUCGGUACACCUCAGUCCACGAAAAUACCAAACUGGCUGUACACUGAGCUCCGCCAGACGAAAAUGCCACUGCGCGGGUUUCACCACCCUCCGCCAUGUCGCCGGUGGACACAAACAUAGAGCCCAAGGUCUGAGGGUCCAAGUUAACAAUGUAAAAAUAAUAACCUUUUUCUUCUAUCUGGUAUCCCACCUACACUGGGGUUUAAAAGAGCAACAUAGAACUUCUUGCACACUCUAUAAGAAGCCAGUGUGUAGAUUUUAGGUAGUGAAAAUUACAUACUGCACCUUUAGGAUUGUACAUUAAUCAAUCAAUCAAUGAGAUUAGGUGUGUGUGUGUGUGUGUGUGUGUGUGUGUGUGUGUGUGUGUGUGUGUGUGUGUGUGUGUGUGUGUGUGUGUGUGUGUGUGUUGGGAAAGUUUGACAGUUAUAAUUAAGCAGACAGCCUGCCCAUGGUCUACUCUACAAAACAGAAGUAUAUGGUAAAAUAACGUAAUAUAUGCUAUAUAUGUACUUUUAUGUGCAGAUAAGACCCUGGAAUAACAUUGUUAUCCUUAACCAUGUUCAAAAAUAGCAUAAUGUCAGCACAUUAAGAGGUUAUAGGUGGAUUUGUCAACUCCAUCAGCUUACAUGUCAACUCCGUCAGACACAAAAUCUGACGGAGUUGACGUCUGACGGAGUUGACGUAAGGGCAUGUAUUUUCCCUCCAAAACAUUUAUUGUACAGUGCAGCUAGCUACUUUUUUGGCAGUUGCUAGCUGUCCUGAUAAUCUCACUAAAAUACUUUAAUUGAACUCACUAUGGUUUAAAAAAAAGUAUAAUAAUGGAGAGACGGUGUUGACAUGGUCCAGCUGUGACCAUACAAAUAUUGACAUUGUUUGUCUAAAAUAUCAAAAACUGUAAAACCUACCAGACCAUGUGUGGUGGUGCUGCAUUCACCAGAAGCAGGAAAUGAAAAGGGGUGCUCAGGGAUAUAGCUGACCAUGAUAUUGCAUGAUUUAAUGAGGUUUAUAGAAUAAUCUGACGGAGUUGACAGAAACUGAGGACACAACUUUGAUAGGCAGAUUUUUAGGCAAAAAGCUAUUUGAUGUUCAGGCCAUUCAUUGUUUAUAUAUUUAUAGCCCUGAAUUUUUAUUUGAUUUAUAUGUUUUCACAAUUAUAGAGUUUUUUAAAGUUUUUUGGGGCUGGUCAAUAUUGUGACCUCUUGCUGAGGACACAAGCAAUAACAUGGACCUUCUAACCACAGACGUUUCAUUUAAACAAAUAUCCCCCAAAAAAGUAAAUAUCUGUGCUAAAAAAUAGGAUUGGUAUACACAAAUCCAUUAGAUUUAACUUUUUGAGUAUGUCAAACAUUUAGAAUUUCUUAAUUGUUUUGAAUAAAUUAGACUUUUCUAUGUAGGACAUGUUUUGUCCCGACUCUCAAGAAUGGGUGAUAUCUCUAACUUUGUUCUAGUGCACCCAAGUGACCAGAACGAAUAAGAGGCAAUUAAAGUCUGCACUACAGAGGUGAAGAUUUAACUCCGUUGGCAGAGGAGGCGCCACAGUCCUUGUUUCAUUAGCUGUAGGAUCGAUUAGUGAUCUGGAUUUUGUUCACAGAGUAAAGAUGAGUCUCCUCUCUCUGUUGUAUCCCGGUCUCAUCUCUGAUUCUUCUGAAAGGCGUCAAGAGUCUCAGACACCAGCAUCUGAUGUUUGCCAGAGACAUCAUGUCAGGUCACAUCCAGAGGAGAAAUGCACACUUUAGAGGUGUUUGACAUCAAUCAUAGGUGAUUAAUCGUCUGCCAGAGCGUUUGAUGUGGAGGUGCCCCUGGAGGUCCACGCAGACACAUUAUCAAAAAAUCACCUUGAAAGUUGUAAACCUGUCAGGUGGACUUUUGGAGAUGUUUGCCUGGACUUGUCUCUUGCCUCUUGAACUCAGCUGAUUUUUAUCUCCAGGGCUCUGACAUUUUUCUUGCUGAAUUUUCUCACGAUACAAUUUCAUGAAAGGACAUUUCCACCCAGCAUCAAUGCAGCUGCUCUUGAUAAUAAAAUAUUAUGUAUUUUGUGAAUUAGAGGGAAUAAACAACAUAUUUUUCUGUGUUUUUACAGAGACUUAUCCAACAACAGCAUUGGCUGUCUAAACGUGGACAUCUUCAAGGGCCUCACCAGUUUGACCAGACUGUAAGUCCAUUUAUGUAACAUGAUUGUGUGCAAAUAAAUGCACUGUUUUCAAACUACAUUGGUGUAUAUUGUUGUGAUUUUUUUCCAGAAACCUUUCAGGGAACAUGUUCUCCUCAUUGGCGCAGGGGACCUUUGACAGCCUGGUUUCUCUGAAGUCCCUGUAAGUAUAAUAAAGUACUGAAAAUCACAUGCAAGCCUGAAACUCGUGCUUGAAAUGUGGAUCAUAAAUAUAGUUGAAGUUGCUAAAAAGGGUGUUGAAACUAGGGGUGUUUUUUACCAAUCUCUUCACAUGUCUCUUCUGUUUCUAAACGCCCACAGGGAGUUUCAGACGCCCUACCUGCUGUGUGACUGCAACCUUCUGUGGCUGCUGCGUUGGAUCAAAGAGAGAAAUAUCACUGUCAAAAACACCAAGUGCUCCUACCCACAGUCUCUCCAGGGGCAGCUGGUUACCUCCCUCAGGCCGGAGCUCCUCACCUGCGGUAGAGAGACACACACACAUACAUCUAGAUUUGACAAAACAUAAAAACCCAGAAUAAUAUUUAUUUGAAGGCUCUGAAUCAUUCAUCACAUCACUGACAGUAUCUGAAGCGUAAUUUGUCCGGUGCAUGACAUUUUGGCGGGUUGGAAUAAGUCAUGUUGAGUUGUGACUCAGAUUAUGGUGUCAAAGUGGCUCACUGUGUCUUUAAUUUUUCUGUUUUUGGUGUCAGUGAGACUGCUGGUGUUUGGGGAGCAGGGUCUUGUGCAAUGACACGGGAGAUAAGAGACGGGCGGCCCAGGCCAGCGCCGUCUUUGUUUGUACUUGCUCAUGUCUUAUCAGUUUGGCACUCAUCACAGUGAGGGAUUAUGAAGCACAUGGCUAAGAUCGAGCCUUGGCCUGAUGUGAAUGACAAAUAGCACUGAUGCACUUCAAGGCACCAAAGUGCCCCCUAUAAGACAAGAAGGGAAAGUCCCACAUUAGCCUCAUAUAACCCCGCACCAAACAGAAAGAAAACCCUCAUUUUUCUCUCUCAGGGCAUCAUUCUCAAAAUUCAGGUACUUCAGAUCCUCACCAAAGAUGUCUCAUCUGGGAUUUGUUUGUGUCCAAAAAAGCUUACUAGCGAACUCUUGUGUAUCCUAUGCACUCUAGUAUACAUGUAAACAUGUCGUAGAAAUGUGCAGUGGGAGAUUUAAACAAAAAAUGCAAAGUUAUGAGCAUCAGAAUAAGAUCAGAAUCAGCUUUAUUGACUCGAUAUGCAGGCUUAGACACAUGAAAGAUUAAAUGUUGAACUUAGUUAUGCAUAAGACCAAAUGAGAGAGAGUCAUAUAGGCUUCAAAUCGUUGUCAAAUGAUGUUUAUUUUGGAGGAUAAAAGUUAAGGAAAGUUAUGAUUCUCUCAAGAAGAGACAAUUUUUUUCUCUCCAUCAUUGUGUGUGUUCUCUCUGUCAUUUACAAAGAUAAUUAUCCCUGAAUGUGAUGAAAUAAAUUGCCUGACAGUGUUGCAGCCCCAUGCCCUUUUAUGGGCAUCAAAGGGACAUGCACCUUUGCUAAUAGGGAAUAUUGAGCACAAGUUUCACACUAAUGAGGAACAUCCAUUUAAGACCACACAUGCUAACAUAUCUGCUGCCAUUCUCAGAUUUCUCUUUGAAACUUGUUUAAGUACGAGUUUGAGAAAAAUCAAGCAUGCAGGUGCAGUGAGUUGCUGUGAUUAUGGAGAUGCUCUGUCAGAAACCAUAAUCUAUUGAAAUAACAGAAAAGUUUCAGUACUUGGAUCAGUCGUUGUAGUUUAUAGACUUGGACAAGUAUAUAAAAACUUGCUGAAGUACUCAAAAAAGUGACAGAGCAUGUCUACAGCAGAGCUCAAACUAUUUUUUUAAAGUUAUCACUGUCCUGUCUCAUUUUCUUCAGAUGCUCCACUUGAGCUGCCAUCCUUCCAGCUGACUCCAUCCCAGCGUCAGGUGGUCUUUAAGGGAGACAGCCUGCCUUUCCAGUGUCAGGCCUCCUUUGUCGCAGAAGACAUGCAGGUGCUGUGGUACCAGAACGGCCGCAUGGUUAAAUCUGAUGCCGCUCAGGGAAUCUUCAUCGAGAAGCGCAUGGUGCAGAACUGCUCUCUGAUUGCUAGGUAAGCUGCUUUCUCAGAGCUGAUCAUCUCUGUCUGUUAAUCCUCAAUGUGAGAGUUUUCACUGAUUCAGUCUUCAUUUUUUCCUCUCAGCGCAUUGACCAUCUCGAACAUUCAGCCUGGCUUCACUGGGGACUGGGAGUGCAGAGUCUGGACCAGCAGAGGCAACACCACCAGGACUGUACACAUUAUGGUUUUGGAGAGUUCUGCUAAGUAUUGUGCUCCUGAACGUGUGGCCAACAACAAAGGGGAAUUCAGGUGAGUGUGAACGCAGACAACAGACACACUUUUUACUGUAAGUAGAUUUGAUGCUGACUAAUCAACACAUCAGUGAACAUGAGGUUUGAAGGCCCUGCGAUUUGGGUAGAUAGAAAGUUUUUGUUUUGUUUCCAGGCGGCUGUCAGGUGAAGCUCUGUAGCUCCCCCUUGUGGUCAUACAUGUAAAAUCCCCUACGGCUCCAGCCUUGAUCUUGACUUUACUUUUGAUGUUUCUCACAUUAACACCGACAUGACACAGUUAACAGAAAAUCAGGACAUGGCAUGUGCUGGUUAAUGAGGACUGUGAUUUUUUUACUCUCCCUCCCUCCAGGUGGCCUCGCACCCUGGCAGGGAUCAGAGCCUACCUCCCCUGCAACAGAUUGACAUCCAGCGCAGGUUCCUACUCGGGAAGCUCUGGAGACGAGCAGCGAGCAUGGCGGUACUGUGAUCGUGAUGGGCUGUGGGCAGAGGAGGACUACAGCCGCUGCCAGUUUCAGAAGGAUGUCACAAGAUUUCUAUACGUCAUAAACCAAGUUAGUCUUCUCCCAGCUUCCUACUGCUUUUUUUCUGUCUUUAUAACAUUCGACCAUCUAAAACUUACUUCCUCUUUCUAUCUCUCCUUCAGAUACCUCUAAACGAGAGCAACGUUGUGGCGCGGGCUCGACGUCUACUUGUCUACACGCAUGACGCCGCCAACUUCUCCGACAAGAUGGACAUCAUCUUUGUGGCUGAGAUGAUUGAGAAGAUCGGCAAGUUUGUGGAGAAGUUUAAAGAUGUGAGUCCCCCACACAAACCGCUUCACUUGAAGCAAUUUAACUUCUGUGUAAACUUUUUAAUAAGCUUACGUUCACAGCAGAUGCAUGCAAGUUGUGUAUUACCCCUUUGAAGGACAAAUAGAUUAAUGCUCGACAGCUGUUUGUUGUCAUGUUGUUUAAUGAGAAAGGAUGUCUUGCCUCGACUUUCAGCGCAGCUGCAGGCCGGCGAAAAGAAAAGUUUUCAAAGUGAAGGAGCCGCUAACAUGUUGUAGCGGCUGCAGGCGGGCGCCAUGUUAAAGUUUAUUUGGGUGACAACAUGCUUGAAAUGUGUUUCCAAUAGUCACUCCGCUGUCUCCCUCCAGCGUGUGUUUCAUGCUGUUAGAUGCAAACAAGAUGCAGGCUGAGUAUAUUCCCUCCUUAUGUUGCACUUAGAUCACUCAGAGUCGAAGCUGUUGAGCUGCUGCAGCACGUUAAAAGUUAGUGUUUUUUUUAAAAAGAGGUAAAAAUAACAUUUGUGUCUUUCUAGUUGGGUGAAGUGAUAGUCAGCAUGGCCAGUAACUUGAUGCUGACGGACGAGCGGGUGCUCUGGAUGGCUCAGCGUGAAGCGAUGGCCUGUUCGCGGAUCAUCACCUGCCUGCAGAAGAUAGCGGGGUACCGCCUGGCCACAGCACAGGCCUUCUUCCUGGUAAGUGUCUGCGGUUGUUUAAUACCAUUUGAAUCCUAGUAAAUCUCUGCUGCGGAUCCAGGGGGGUGGGUGGUUUGUGCUUUGGGUAGUAGUUUUUUUAAAUGUAUUUAUUUUAUUUUAUUUAUUUUUAUUUUUGUUUAUUUAUGUAUUUUCUUGAUGCAUCUAUAUGCAUUUAUAGGUGUGGGUAUAUGUGAAUAUAUAUUUUAUUAUUAAUUGCUGUAACAUUGACUUGUACCUUUUUACUGUUCUCAGUUAAAUUAAAUAAAAAGAUAAAAGUAAAACAAUAAUAAAUCUCUGCUACAUAACUGAUGCACUGAUCACUGCAGCUUUUUAAUUCUGGAUAAUGCUUUCUUUAAUAUUUACUACGUGUUUAUUGCAUGCACAUUAAAGGUAGUUCACAGAUUUUACUCGGAUUACUCUUUCUAUCUCUGUCCCUUGACCUUCAUAGCACUCUUGCAGCAUCAUAUAAAGCUUCUCACACAGUCAAAUACCUGCUUCUUUUCACUUGUAUUUCCUCUUGCAUGAUUUCAUUCAGCCCUUCUGUCCCUUUGCCCUUAAAAAUCUGUUUCUAUUCUCCUUCCAGACUUCCCCCAACAUCGCGCUGGAGGCCCACGCUGUCAGAGCCAACGACUGGAACGGCAUGACCUGCAUGUUGUUCCAGAGGCCGAGCCCGGAGCGCACACCUGGACAGGACCGCCAACUCACCUUCAAAUGCAACACGACCAGCUCCCUUUCCAGCAUCCUACACAAGGUCAGCUCCUGCUGUAGAUAACUUUAUACUUUUACAUACGACAUUGAUGACUUCAGACGUGUUUUUGAAUCAUGGUUGUUCUUUUUUUUUGGUAGAGCACCUUCGUAGAGGCCUCCCUGCAGCUCCCUCAGUCUCUCUUUACCCAGACUGCACUCCCCGGGCAGGUAGAUGACACAGUCUACAAGCUCCAUUUACUGGGCUUCCGCAAUGGCAAGUUUUUCCCCUCAACAGGGAACUCCUCUCAUUUAGCUGAUGGAGGGAAGAGAAGGAGUGUGGCCACCCCUGUCAUAAUGGCCAAGAUAGGUGAGUCAAUAUUUUUCUACCAAGUAUUUUGACAUAUAAUGAAAACCAAAGUACAUAAGUCCUGGUAAUCAUUAAUUUGAAGCAGAAUUUUAUAAGUUUUCAUCAUCUUUCCUGAAACCCCCCGCCUUUGUUUUCCAUCAGACGGCAUGUCCUUUCGUGUACUCAAGACCCCCGUCAACAUCACCCUGCGGCGCUUUGCCCGUGGUUCUGACGCCGUGUCUGCCACCUGGAACUUCAGCCUGGUUGGAGGCCAUGGAGGGUGGCAGAGCGAUGGCUGCCGGAUCCUGAACCACCUUGACAACUUCACCGCCAUAUCCUGCAACUCUCUUGGGAACUAUGGACUGCUCAUGGUAGGUUCCUCUUAGUUGUUUUUUACCUUUAUAUGACAAUGCUGACUUUUGCUUAUUUGCCCUCUAGUGACCAUUUGGUAGUAUUGCAAAUCCAAAAAAAGAACUAGGGUUGCUCACAGUCCUGUGGUUGUGGACUAAUACUGGAAGUUUUUGAUCUGUCUUGCAGGACCUGAGCAGCGUGGAGUAUUUCUCUCCUAGCAUCCGACCCCUUCACCCAGUUAUCUAUGCCACUGCUAUCAUACUCCUCCUCUGCCUGCUGACUGUCAUCGUCAGCUACAUCUAUCAUCACAAGUAAGAAUUUAUCAGUUUUGAUCUAUUAGUUUUCAUUUUGAAUUCGGUAUUUUUCACUAUUUAUUCCACCAUCAAAUGAAGAAGGAUGUUUUUUGGAUUCUUUUCACGAUUUUCAACUUUUAAAAAUUUUUCCUCGAUUAUUUCUUGCUAAUGACAGAUUCUCCUGAAGUAACUCCUGAAAUCAUUCAAAAUUCUCAACACAGCUGUUUUUUUUUCCACAUUACUUUAAUUUGCUGAUUCUGUGAUUCCAGGUCCGUCCGUGUGAGCCGCAAAUUUUGGCACAUGCUGGUCAACCUCUGCUUCCACAUCUCCCUCACCUGCGGCGUCUUCGUAGGCGGCAUAAAUCAGACGCGACACGCAAGCGUCUGCCAAGCGGUGAGUACACACCACCCGCGCUCCUUCCAUCAACCGUCCCGCUGUUUGUGCUUUCCUCUAAAUCUAAUAGUCAGCAGGCAGACCUGAACGAGCGCUUCGGCUGCUUUCAAGGAAACACAUUAAAAACGUGGCCUUUGGCUGAGCUCACUCUGCUUAUAAAACUUGUGAAAACUGUAAAAGAUGCUCAGAGAGAUACUGUAGAUUGUUUCCUGAGCUGCAGGCAAUCCCAGCCCUCUCCUCCUCCCGGUGUGUUGCACUGAGACACAUCAUCUCUUCAUUUUUCAUCACACAAAGUACCCGGAAGAAGGAUUUCGGCAGAUAACUUUUUUGUUUAUUUAUAUAAUCCCCUCUAGCAGAAAUUUCUAUCUAACAGGGAGAUUUCUCAGCUCAGGCGGAUGAUGACAUACUCAAUACAGAAUUGCUCAAGGAUCAUCUUGCCAUUUCAAAUCCUCCUGUGUACCGCUUUCCAUCAUUUUUAUUUCAUAGGUGAAACUUUGCAUCAGGUGCAUUCAAUCAUAAUCAAGUAGGGGAUUAACGGCUCAUCUUAAACUCCAGUAAAUGUCACACAUAUAUAAUGAUGCUCUCUUUUCUAGGUGGGUAUCCUGCUGCACUAUUCAACCCUGGCGACAGCUCUGUGGGUGGGUGUGACCGCCCGGAACAUUUACAAACAGGUGACCCGCAAGGCCAAGCGCUAUGAGGAGCUUGAUGAGCCGCCGCCACCACCACGGCCCAUGCUGAGGUGAAUCUUUGCUGUGAAAUUAAGCUGUUUCUUCAGCCACCUCCCCUCAAAGGUGGUUUUAAGCACUAAAGCUGCAAUAAAGAACUCAUAAAUACACUCGCUGAAGGUAUUGCUUGCUUUUGUAGCUCAUAAAGUGGCUUCAUUAUUUGUUUCAGUCUGUUUCAAAACCAGCUAGAGAGUCCUCAGAGGAGCUUUACAGCUCGAGUGCUGAGCAUAUAUUUAACUGAAAGAGAUAGUUUGAAUGUUUUUUUGAAGUAGAGUUUUUUAAUAAUUGAGAUGCAAAUGGAAAGAAGUCUGCGUGAGCAAAUUUUGAAAACAUUAACGACCGGUUUUAUCACUUAUUCAUUAGAGAAACAAUACACAAUGCUUUUUUCCUAUUAAUAAUGUAACUGAUCAUACUGCAAAGACAGAGAACUGAAGAGCUCUGCAGAUUUUCUAACAUGCUGGAUAUCAACAUGCAGAGUAGACUCAUCAAGAUUAACUCCAUGGACUCAUCAUUACGGCUCUCCGAAAGGAAAGAAGAGCCAUGAACCAAAAAUUAUUUCAGACUCUUCAACGUCCAGUUUUUGAUCAGAAGAUGGUCAGAAUGAGGUCGACUCUACCACCAAACCCUGACUCAAACACUGAAAAUUCCUUUUGGGAGAGCGUAACUUUGCAAUUAGGAAACCCAGUUUGUUCAUGAUCUACUCUUGUGGCUCACACAAGCUUUUCAACCUUUUUAAAAUGAGGUAAACUCUGUGAUAGGGCUGACCCCAUCUGUAGUGAGUGAUAGCCUAGUUCCUGCUCUGAUUCUUGGGCUAGUUUUUCUCAAGAAAGGGGCUGAGCUGACCGUCUCUACUGGAGACAAAUACCUCAUGCAACCCUAUUUCAAAUAAGCCAAACUAUUCCAUGAAGCAGUUUUUUUCUCUUUGUUUUAUUUGGAAAACUGUCAAAAAGUCUGCAGGUGUAAUUGAGUUUUGUAAAAGUGAUGCUCAAUAACUUGCUCUAUCACCUUGAAAUAAAAAAACAAAUGCUGGAUAAUGUGACACAGAAAUAGAGGCUCUUUUUCCACACAUGGCUCCUAGUCCAGAAUCAGAAAUGCAAGUAAAAAGAGUGUGACAGUGCUCUUGUUUGUUGGUUUAACCGCCACAUGGUGUCACUAUAGAGCCCUGAUACAUUGUGAGACCUCUGUGCAAAAUCAGAGGACUAAACCUGAACCGCCUCUCUGUGCUUUCUCCUAAAGGUUCUACUUAAUCGGGGGAGGAAUACCCAUCAUCGUCUGUGGCAUCACUGCAGCAGCGAACAUCAAAAACUACGGCAGUCGCGCCAAUGCGCCAUAGUAAGUGGUCCCAAUUAAAGCAAUUAAAGCCGCCUUUGCCCGGUAUGUGCUCCUGAGGACUCUGUGUUGUUGUAUCUCGACAACAGUUCAAUAAAAAAGAUCCAUUCCCAUGAGAGAUUUUACACACUGGCCUCAGGAUGAGUCGUAGCUUGUUAUCGAGCGGUCGAAGCUGGUUGCUUUAGUAAAUAAUGCAUAUUUUUAUGAGCGCAGGAAAAGUUUAUUCCCUGAAGUUGUGAUUAUGGAGGCCUAUUAACAGUGUGCGCAUCCAAGCAACAAGCAACUGCUGCCAGUUUACAGCGAGCCCCCCCACCACCACUCCUCCUCCCCCAUCCCGCUAUAGUGGCAGCUGUUUAGAUUGUGAAACGUGGUGGGCUAAUUGAGAAAUCUGGACCCGUAUCUGUCUGAAGUCUUUGGAGUUUAAUUAAUUUUUCGCGAGGAGGAUGAAUCCAGCCUUUGUUAUUAAACUUAAUGGGUCGGGGUUCUGUAAAUAUUGGAUGAAAAAAGUUUUUCAAAGAGUCGUUUUAAGUUUUAGGAGUCGAUAAUAACGGUAACAGAAUAAGUAAAGAGGAUGUAGAGUUUUUUUAGGAAACUCUUCUGGCAAUUUCCCCUUGAGGCAGUUUAGUAUAUUGCAAAAAGAUCAGCGUGAAACAUUAAAGAGCUUCUCCAAAAAGCCUGUUUACUGAAUGUUUAAUCCGUUGUUCCCUCUGUUUCUAGCUGCUGGAUGGCUUGGGAACCCAGUAUCGGCGCGUUUUACGGCCCGGUGGGGUUCAUCAUCUUUGUGGACUGCAUGUACUUCCUCAGCAUCCUGCUUCAGUUACGCCGCCACCCUGAGCGCCGCUACGAGCUCAAGGAGCCGACCGAAGAGCAGCAGCAUCUCGCUUCAGCCCACGCAGAGCCCGGACUGGACUCCCACCCGCUCACUCUCCAUCUCCAGCCUCAUGACGCCUCUUCUUCCAUCGUGUCCGCUCCCCACGCCGUUGCCCUGUCUGCCCUGGAGAACGAGCACUCGUUCACCGCUCAGCUGAUGGGUGCAGCGGGGGCGUUAGGCCUCUACGCUGCCCUCUGGGUGUUUGGAGCCAUGGCUGUAUCCCAAGAGCACCCGUUUGACUUGGCGUUCACCUGCCUGUUUGGCGUGGCCGCCCUCGCUCUUGGUGCGUUCAUGGUGGCUCAUCACUGCGUCAACAGGCAAGAUAUGAAGCGGUUUUGGUCCCAGGCUUGCUGCUCAGGGAGACGAGCGUACUCCGCGCAGGAGGAUGUGCUCCUUCCUCAACCGGGUGUGGCGAUGACAUCCACCUCAGGAUCUGUCAAUAAGCCAGACGGCGAGUCGACAAAGUGCGGCCAUAGUAGCGCGGACUCAUCUUACACAAAUAAAAGCGCCCCAAGCAUGCGUAACUCCGCCCACGGCAGCAAACUGACCAAUCUGCAUGCGGAGGCCGCUCAGUGUAAGCCUGCCUCUGCACCGGUUGCAGCGAAUGGUGCCGCCAUUUUGGACAACAGCCUGACCGAGCAUUCAAUAGACAAUGAAAUUAAGAUGCAUGUGGCGCCAGUGGAGGUCCAAUUCCGCCCGAUGAACAACAUCACGAAUCCAACAGCGGCGACAAACGGACACACAGGCAGGCACCACAAAAACAGAGCACGGACACACAGAGCAAGCCGCCUAACGGUGCUGCGAGAGUACGCCUACGACGUCCCGACAAGCGUGGACGGCAGCGUGCAGAGCGCCCCUCAAAGGCGGCACCACCAUUACGACAUAGCGGCGCGGAAUAGCCGCAGAGCCGCCUACAUGGCCUACAGGGAGCGACACCAGAGCCAGAUGCAGCAGGACAGCAGCGACAGCGCCAGCCUGCCGCGUCGUUCUCGGUACGCGGAUAAAGGAGGAGGCGGCUCCAUGGGGAACGGGUCGGUGGUAACCGUAGAGACUGAGCGAGAGGCGACCCCAGCGGCGUCAACCUCGAGCAAAGAGUCCGCUCCUGUGAAGCAGCCUGAAAGCACAGAAUUAGAAAGUCAACCAAAGUCUUACGGGCUGAAUCUGGUGUCUCAGAAUGGGGACACGCUAAAAGAAAAUGGACAACCUGUGCCUUUAAUCAGCACAGAGAAUACAGCCAGUAUCAAGACCGGCCUGUGGAAACAUGAAACUACUGUGUAGCGACAGUUUCCGUCCCAAAGACUGCAUCCGCCUUUAAACUGUGAAGUGUAUUUGUGUUUGAUUUUUGAUUGUAACGUUGAAGUACAAUCAAACUCUGACUGCCACUGAUCUCUCUCUCUCUCUCUUUCUGUAGAUAGGUUUUGUAAAUGUGUCUAUUUUUAUAACUUUUAAUCCAAACCUUUUAAUUCCAUUGGAGAGUUUUGUAAAAGAAAGUGCAUGGUCUGAGCUGUGGCCCUGUGAAUACAAACCCUAACCCUAACCCUCACCCUGGGGAGUUUUUUUUUUCCAUUUUCUAGUUUGUCCAAACAAUAAUAAAACAAAAGUUUACAGCUUGAA